AGGGUGGAUUGCAGAAGCGGAGAGGAGGAGAGAUCUCCAGACACGAGAGGAGGUUAUAGGAAGAGGAUAAAAGCAAUGCUACAACAAGGAUAUAGCUGAGAGAGAGAAAGAGGGGCGAAGAAGAAAAGGAGAAGGUGGUGGAUGAGGCCGUGUGGUGGGGAUACCUGACGAGACGCUGAGCGGGGGGGAAAGGGGGGCCUUUCGCAGACCUUGUAUUGUCAGCCAGGCGUAAGGAAGCUUCCCCUCCAAGAUCGUUCCAAUGAACAUGUCAGUGUUGACUCUGCAAGAAUACGAAUUCGAGAAGCAGUUCAACGAGAAUGAAGCGAUUCAAUGGAUGCAAGAGAACUGGUGAGUGAUGAUGGUGGUGGUGGCGGCGGCGGCUCCGGGCGAGCCGGUGCUCUCUGGCUGGGAGCAAAGCGUGUGCGUCUCCGGGUGAUGCUCUCGCUCCCUCCCUCCUGCCGUGGCAAGGAUUACAAGCGAAGGAGGGAGGGAGCGGGGCGAGCGGUGGCGGAGGGGAGAGAAUGCAGAUCGCCCAAUGUGCCCAAGACGCCUCUGUGCGUCCGGGGCGCGCGCGCGCGUGCGUGUGCGCCACAGAGUGCAUUAUUGGCGUGUGGGUCGGCGCGCAUCGCGUGUAGGUAACGCUUUCCGUGAAUGGAUCUAGUGUUGGGAACCCUCCCAGGCUGGAACAAGAACACCACUGUCUUCUGGGGAAGACAGUGUUCCUGUUGUUUAUUUGGAUGCCUAUACUGUAUAUAGAUAUAUUAUAUAACAGAGCACAUCUCCCACAUUGUUCCUCGUCCUUAGAAACCAUCUGCUUCUCCAGCACCACCGUUUUGCAUUAGGCCCUCGCUCUGUUUCACCCAUUGCGCCCCAUGCGUCUUUAAUUCGCACCCUCUCUUCUGUUAUGACUCCUAAUUUUACUCGGGGUCCUUUACCUCCCCCCCACCCCUCACCAUGCAUGUUUCCUCCCCCCCCACCCCCUUUUGUAUGUCUGUAGGAGGUGAAUACAGGCUUGUUUCGAUCCAUGCAAAAAUAAAAAAGCCUCCUCGCUUCGUUGCUGAUAAUGAAGCCCCCGCUCCCAGCAUCUCUCGGUGGGGCUGGGAUCACUUUUGCCUUCGCGUUAUAGCCGUGCAUCUAAGCGCGGGGUAGAUUUCUGUGGAUGGGUUUGGAGAGGAUGAGAGGAGGGGUUCCUCUUCCUGCCGCCGGUUGCCUGGAAGGCAGGGAGGGGCUGGGAACUUGGGAGCCGAGAAGUAGUAAGGCUGGUCACAUUCAGCAUUCAGGUAAAGCAAUAGUAAGAAGGGGAGAGGGGCAAAUGUAAAAUUAUACAUUUGCCGCUGACGAAGUGGCCUGCAUCUUCUCUGACUCUGCCGUAGGAGGGAGUUUCUGCUCACAGCUAGACUUUAGGCUAGACUCGUCAGGUGCUUUUUUAUUUUAUGGCGGUUCCUCCCUCCCUGCUGCCGCGAUCCCAAAUCUGAUCCCCAUCGAGAGCUCUUGCUACAAUAAAAGUCUCGGAUACAAUGUCCUUGGCUUAAAAGUGCCUUUGAUCCUGACAACCUUCUCCAAGUAAACUUUGACGUGCCACCCCAAGAGGACUGAAAAGUGCAUCCUUUUUUUCCCAUUUUGAGGAUGAUGGCGCGCAUCGGAAGGAGGAAAAUGGAGGGGGGAAGCUUUCCAGACAGAGGCUCAUAGCACCCCCCGGAUCUAGCCUGAGCCGGCCAGCGAGACUGUGUGUGUAUGCGCGCGCGCCUUUCCUCAAACAAGCACAUGCCGUUGUGGGCGAAUCAGUGGGGAGACGGAGAGGGGAAAUGAGGUGACGCCAUGGGAGCCGCUGCGCGGAUAGGGCUUAAUUUUGAGCCCGGGCUCGGUCCCUGAACCUAUUUUUGAAACGCCGGGACCAUGCAAAUCAAGCCGGAGAGUGGCCAAUUCCUCUGCGCAUGAGCAGAGCGCGCUCCCACGGAGUGACCCAGGCCGCCGGCACACCGUAGGAGGGGAGGGGCCGGGUUAGGUUGAGACCUGGCAUCUGUUGUCUUAGAAAUUUCGCGUUGGAAGGAGAUGGGUGGAGAAGGAUGGAGCUGAUCGUGUGUGUGUGUGUGUGUGUGUGUGUCCUCCUGGCCUGCUUCUGCCGCUGCGACCUGCGGGGAGCCGCCAUCCUUCCAGACAUAAACACGUGCCUGCCCCUAGCCAGUUCACGCUCUCUCAGGUUUAAAUCUGCCAUCCCGCUCCGCCCCUUCUUCCUCCCAUAAGUAGGCCGGGCCUGCUGCUUUGGCAAGCCUGCGAGCGGCGAGCGCGCUUGCCAGGUAGCAGAUUCGCCCUGGCGCGCCCCGCGUGCAAAAUCUCUCCACCCCUCUCUCUUUCUCUCGGUCGUCACGCAGCAUUCGCCUGUCCUCACCUGAACUGCAGCAGCAGCAGCCACAUGAGGGAGGUCAGCAGAUCGGUGGGGUGAAGUGUCUGGGCCCUCCAAGAGCCAACGAGGGCACCGUUGCACAACGGUGCCACGAGGUAGUCAUCCCUGCUGGGGUGAGGAUGACUAGUCUGUGUGUGCUGAUCAGGUUGGCAUGCAGGCAAGUGCGCGGCUCGCUACGAUGCUCCUUUCCACACCUGGCACAGAUCUGCCAGACGAUCGAUUUGGAACUCUCCUCAGACGAGGUUGCCAACUGUCUAGAUUUGUCUGUUUGCAUGCUUCAUUCUUGGCCCCAUUUCACGGCGGUUUGACCUGCAGCAGUCAUCAGGUGAGACUUGGGGGCGGCGGGGGAUAGAGCCAGACGUAAUCACCUGAUGAUUGCUGCAGGUCAAACCGCUGUCAAAGGGGACCUGCCAAAAAAAGAGAUACUCUUUGCCCGGCAGCUUAAAUAUUCUCCCUGUCUCUCCCCCUGUCCUCCUCUACUCUGUGCAAACUUUUGACUUUUAGUCAACUUUUGUACUUCUUUUAGCCAGCAAACAUUUGUUGCGUGAGCUGUGGCCCUCUCACUUUCAGGUAGUGUGGCAGCCUUUGCCAACCUGGUGCCCUCCAUAUGUUUUGGACUACAGCUCCCAUCAGUUCCAGGCCAAAUUCAUAGAAUCAUAGAGUUGGAAGGGACCCCCAGGAUCAUGUAGUCCAACCCUCUGCAAUGCAGGAAUAUGCAGCUGUCCCUGACAGGGAUUGAACCUGCAACCUUGGCAUGAUCAGCACCCUGCUCUAACCAACUGAGCUAUCCAUACAUUUAAAGUGCUAUAAUACUGCGCUAAAAAAGCACGCCCCCCCAAGUAUUCUGGGAGCUGUAGUUUGUCAACAGUACUCAGUUGUUAGGAGAUGCCUUCUCCCCUCACAAAACCGCCUUCUCCCCUCACAAGGUGCUCCAUGUGAAGAUUGACUUAUUGUAAAAACCACUCUGGGAACCAGCUGUGGGAGGCGAAUAUGGGUCUCCAAACAACUCUCAGCACCCUUAAGAAACUACAGCUCCAGAAUUCUUUGGGGAAAGCCUUAAAAUACUUUAAAUGUUAUCAUAGUGCUUUAAAUGCAUGGCUUGAAUGUGGCUCCAACAGGAUGGGAGCUGUAGUCUGUCUGGAGGGCACUAGGAUGGCAAAUGUUGGUGUAAGGCUUGGCCCUUCUAUACGUUCUCUUCUCACCCCCAACCCUGCAAAAACUCCAGGUUCUUAUAUUUCUUUGCUCCAUUACUUUUCUUCAGCAGCACCGCUCACUAAAAAAAAAGCUGAGAAAGGGGGACGCAUCUCCUUCUCCCACUGUCUAUUGCUAGAGGGUUCUUCCACAAUAAAUUUAUUCAUUAAAUUUAUAUCACACAUCUUCAACACACUCAAAAGUUCCCAGGGCAGCAAACAAUAUGAAUGCAAUAAUAACAAAAGUACAAGCAUAAAAAAUCUUGCAAAAAAUAAAGAAAAGCCAUCUAUCAAAACCACUACAAGCAGCUCUUCUCGGCAGUUUGAAAGGAUAGAAAAUCUAGAAAGUAAUUCAUUGACCAUAAGAAUGCUCUUUUAACAGUAAACUGGUGGGGGCACUGAGGACCUUCAGCACAUCAUAUUGCAAGCUCUUUCUUGAUGGCUGUACUGAAGACUGUGAUAGUAUUAUACUGAGCAAUCUAAAUUUUAAUGUAUUUAGAACAUUCAUAUCCCUCCUUUAAUUUUUUUGAAAAAUGAAUUUUAAAAUGAAUUCUCAUAUCCAUCUGUCUCCCCAACAGUUUCCCUGCUGGGGGUGGUACUGGUUUCACAUCCUGUGCCCCCCUCAUCUGCAGCAGCUCAGAAUUUCAUGCCCUCCUUGACCACCAUGGGCCUGUCUCAGUUGAUCAUGUGAUGUCACACAUGCUUGAUGUGGUCCAUCUGGGAUAGGAUGUGGUGAUCUGGGGAUGACAAUUACACUUAAUUGUAAUUAAUUAUCCUUAACUGGUAGCAUCUAGGCUUCCUGAGAUGCGUAACCUCUGCAGGGGCGAAGGGCCAAUUAAAAUGGUCUGUCUGCAGACACUGAUGGAUUCCUGACUGCUCUGGAGGAUGAAGUUGUGGCUGGGGCUUCAUUCCUAAUACCUCAAGCACCCUCUCCUGCCUGCAAGUGCUCCUGCUCUUUGGUUUACUGAAAUGACUGAAGAUGGCUUAGGGUGAUGGUAGUUUGAUUUGUAUUCCAGGUAACCUUUGGGAUUGUGCUGGUAUGACAUUGAUUUUUGCCUAUGCUGCCUUGUGUACUUUUGUAGAAAGGCAGGACAUAAAUACAUUAAUAAUAAUAAUAAUAAUUGGAUGAAGAUUUUUGAUGCAUCAAACACAAGCUUUAGAUCAUUUUAGAGACUACUCUAUAGUUAUGAUGGCAGCAAAGAAAUUGAAUUCUCUGCUACCAUCGCAUCAGUACAGUGCCAGCCAGCAGAGCUUUUGCCAGUGGUUAGGUCCUUAUUUCAUCUGGAGCUAACGAACUUUUGAAAUCCCGCUUUGAGCAAUUAUUUUUAAAAACCCAACACUUUGCUGAUAAAGUUGCCCAUAUCCGCUCCAACUUCACUCUGCAUUUAAAUCAUGAGCAAUGUAUGUGCCCUUGAUACCAGCUUGACACAUUAUGAUGGACACAUUUCAGUUUCUUCAACCUGUGGAUGUGGACAAGUUGCUUGGAGCUUUGAGACCAAACCUGUUACUGUUGACCUUGUCCAUCCUGGCUGGUGAAAGCCACUAGAGGAGCAAGAUGGCAAGAUUGGUUAAAUCUUACCUUUUGCAGAAGGUACAGAACCAUCAACUUUAAAGCAAGCAGUAGUAAGACCUCAGUGGACCUUGCCACUUUAGACAAUUCUAAGCCAGUCUCUCAUUUUUUCAUUUCAUAGCAAAGUGCUCCAAUGAGUGGCAAUGACUCAUCUCCAGGCUUCCUUGGUCAAAACUGAUUAUUGGGAUCAUUUGUAAUGUGAGUUGAGGACUGAUUUUGGAACUGAAACUGCCUUGGUCACCUUGGUGGGUGACCUUCACUGGGAAUUGACUAGGGCAGGGGUGGGGAACCUGUGGUUCUCCAGAUGUGGCUGGAUUGCAACUCCUAUAAUCUCUGACCGUUGACCAUUCUGGCUGGGGCUGAUGAGAACUGAAGUCCAACAACAACCGGAGGAUCACAGGUUCCCCCACCUUCUGGUUAGGGGGAGUGUAGUCCUGGUUUUUGAUACUAUCAGCCAAAACAUCUUUCUGGUCAAUAGGAAAGCUGACCUGGGAAUUGGGCUAUAGAGUAUAUCCUGUUCUAGAUGGAAUAGUAUACCCCUUGAAAGACUCAAGUCCAUAGCUGGUGCAAAGAAGGCAUGUUUUGUACAUUCAUAAGGACUUGAUCAGCUUGGAGACAGGAAGAAAAAAACAGUUUCACCAUAUACAGAUCUAUGUGCCAGGGCACAUCACUUUCCAAAAAUGGGCCUCACAUUAGGAACUCUAAGCUGAAUUAAAAAUCUGGUUCUUCUACUGACACUGAAAGCCUAACUGAAGAAAAAAAAUGGUAUGAUCAAAUCGUCAAAUAGAUCUGAGGCACUUCUCUUUCAACAGGAAACACCUUUAUAGAAAUGGCAUCAAUGUACCACCUUACUGUUAACUAUUGAAAACAGAUGCAAUUUAGCUCAGUUUAUGCUCUCAGGCCCUUCUCCACAACUCCAUCCACAUCCUUUCCCUCUCUUUUCCGGAUGCCACUGUGUCACCUCCCGCUUUUGUCACCCACUAUCUUUUACUUCUUCAGCUUGUGUCUGUUGGCAGAUUCAUACAUGUUCCCCAGGUAGCGUGCUACCUUGAAGUCUGUUGCUUAUCUUCUGUACCCCCACAUAUCAUCAUUGCUAGCACACCUAUGCUCCAGUCUGUGUCUUAUUUUCGGCAUCUGCUUUGUAUCUCACUCUUUCAAGUAGUCAUCACUGGACUAGAUGACCCUCAGGUUCCCUUCCAACGCUACAUUUCUAUGAUUCUAUGUAUUCUAGUUUAUGGUCUCUCUAUAGUCUUCUAUAGUACUUUGCCUCAUUGUUUGCAAUGAGCUAUCCUGUUCAACCCAUCUCUGCUUUUUUUAUCUGUUGCACCAACAAGCUCUCUAAUUGUUUUAUCCAUUUGGGAGGGAAGGGAUAAAUUAUUACCCCCAUCACUGAUUUACACACAAAAUUUUGUCCAGAUGUCUUUCUCCUAUAUCUUUAGUAAGCAUUUUAUCCACUUCUCACUAACAGUAGCAGAAUGGUUGAGAGCUGGACAAGUAUCAAUACCCAACUCUCAUUUUUUACUCACUAUGCCAAACAAACCUGUACUCUGUUGGGUGAAUCUUCAGAAUUUUCUGUGUGAACUUUGAAAUUUAUUGGAAAGUAAUACAAAAGAAGUCAUGUGUGGAUGCUUCUUCUGUCUCCUAUGAGGAAGGGUAGCCUUGAAAGGUUGAAAACUGUCUGGUUUUGAAACAGAUAGUUUCUGUUGCCUCCGGUAAGUUUCUUGGAGCUUUGUAGGGCUGGGAGCAAUAUAUGUUGAGCUUCACACUGCUCACUAAAGGGGAAAAUGAAACAUUUCAAACUUGUGCAAUAAUUAUAUGUGAUACUGAUGCUUAUUGUCAGAUGAUAUUUGCUGCUAAUCUUUAGUGAUUGCUUACGUUGUAAUGAGCUUGUGCUUUAGCUUCCCAGACAUUUCCUUAGGUGUACUAGUCAAACUCAAGGUGUGUGCAGGUUCAGUUAAAGAAUUACACCAGGUAUCUUUCAACUACUUACGGUAUGUGUUUCAUAGUAAAUAUAAUUGAUAUUGAUUUGCAACAUGGUACUUCCUUCUAAUCAGAGGCAUAUCUAAGGAUUGGGAAAACCAGCUGCCAGAAAUCUGUCUUUAAUUACCUGUGUAAGGUGGUAAGUUUAGGCAAGAGCUGAGAGCUGAGCGGUAGGAGAAAUGGCAAGGCAGUGUCUUCAUCUUCUUUGUGUUGUCUUCUUCUUCUUUGCCCAGUAAGAUUGUCUUCCAUAAACACAGUUUUAACAGUGAGUCCAUUUGGGAUGGGUUUUUGGAAGACGCCUGUGCAUGAAUUUGUUUUAUUUGUGUAGAUCAAUGCACGCUGACCAACACACGGUCUUUGCAGUAAGGCUCUAUUCCAAUGGCAUAAGUAUCACGAUGACUUGUAGAUUCUUUUCUGCCGCAGCCUUCAUCUGCCUUCACAGCCGUUGUAACAUACCGCUUGUUAUCAUCCACCUGUUCUUCCAUUGAGGACUUCUUGAGUCAUUCUUUGUCUAGCUCCUCCCCUUUGACCUUACCGCCUUGGGUGACCCUGCUGGGAGUACGAGACUCCCAGCGGCUUCACUCACAAGGGUCAUAGGAACGUUCAAGCCCACUCACCACGACAAGGUGAUGAUCUAGCGAGUGAGAGUGUGAAGGUAGACUGUGGGAUACUGUGGAGUGUGAAAUAUACCGUAUGUGUGCGGCAUUGUGGUGAGAUAAAAUGUAGGAGAAGCUUCCUUUCCUUCUUGCACUGUAGCACAAAGGCAUGCUUCCCCUCCCUCUCUCCCUACCUCCCUCCUCCUCCUUGCUUUGUCCUUACCCUGGACUCUUCAAGUACUUGGGUUCUGUAACAUGUAGCAAUUUCUGGUGUGGCUGUUGCGGUAAAGUGAAUUUUUUUUUGGGGGGGGAGGGAGGGACUCUGGAACAGUUCCUUGCCAAGGAACCCUAGGUAUGCCUCUGGUUCUAAUACUAAGCAAUUAUUUUUAAUAGCUAGGUCACACUAUUAAAAAAAAAAAAUCAACAGCCAAAUAUUUGUUAAGCUAAAUGAAGUAGAUUACUUUAGAGUAUUACAAUGAUUGGGCAAUACAUGUUGCAUUCCAAGAUUAUUAACGUAGAACUAUUAUUCAGUACAAAAGUGAUUCAGCAGGUAAACUCUUUUUGUAAGUCGCUUUGAGGUUAUUUUUACAAUAAAGUGGUGUACAGUAUCAGUUUUAAAAAAUAAAUAAGUCAACUACAGGGACACUUUGAUUUACAGUGGUAGCUUGGUUGUCAAACUUAAUCUGUUCUGGGAGUCCAUUUGACUCCUGAAAUGGUUCGAAAACCAAGGUGUGGCUUCCGGUUGACUGCAGGAGCCUCCUGCACUCAAGUGGAAGCAGCGUUGGAUGUUCAGCUUCCAAAAAACAUUUGCAAACCAGAACACUUACUUCCAGGUUUGUGGCAUUCAGGAGCCAAUUUGUUCAGGAGCCAAGCCGUUCGAGAACCAAGGUACCAUUGUAUAAAUCUGUAUUCUCAGCUAGGCUCCGAUGUGCAUCUUUUUUGAGUGACCUUGAAAGGAUCAUACAACUGCCUCUGUUUCUCCAGCUGUAACAUGAGGAUAACGCUUACCUCGAAGAGGAUUAAUUUCUUAUUGUUUCUGGAACUCUCUGCGAACAGGGAAAAUGCAGAAUGUGGUGUUGUGUAUUAAUAAAGAAGAAACCACAACCCUCAUUAUGAAAUCCCUUGGGUAUCUUAAUUCGCUGCAGAAGUUUACCUGCUGGGAUCUCAGUAAUAGCAAGCUCUCACUGUUUUGCCUCAUGGGGGAACUUAGUGCUUUUACACUGAUUUCUUCCAGUUUCAGGUAUUAGAUCAGCCGCAAGUCUGUAUCAAAUGUGUAACUCUGCGUACUGUGUUAAAGGGCCCCAGUGAAGCAAACCCUUAAGCUUAAUUUCAUAAUGCUUUAGGAUGGGGUAGAAAAUGGAAUGGAACCGAGACUCGGGAGAUGUUUACUAAAUUCCUUGAAAAUACUGGAAAGAUUGAGGAGGGUGCACAGGAAACUGGUCCAUCUACCUCAGUGGUGUUUACACUUAGGACUGCAGAAAGGUUUCUCCCGGGUUUUGGGUGGGUCUUUUUCAGCCCUACCUGGAGAUUCCAGGGAUCGAACCUGGAACUUUCUGCAUGCAAAUGUUUCCUACAUUUCUAGGGACUGCUUAUUUUCAAGACAUCCAGUUUCCACUUCCACCAGCACCCCGUAAUAAAGAAAAAAGAUUGCAUUAUUAGCAAAGGGUUGGAAUUCUAGGCAUGUUUGCUGGGAGAUGAGCACUAUUGUUAUUAAUGGAAUUUAUGUAUGCAAGGUGAGAGGUAGGAUUGUACAGGAAAGCUAUUAUUGCCAUCCAUGCAUCAUGGGGGGGGGGGGCUCUCAAGCGAUGAGGUUGCUCUAGGCAUUUAGCCUCUCCCCAUGGUGUGAAAAGCUGAUUGUGCUGGGUUCAAAAUCAGAGCAUGUAGAGCAUGCUUCCCUCUUCUAACUCCCAAAGCAAGGGUGGCAGGGGGCACAGCUGAUGAGGACUGGAUGGCAGGACCAGUUUUACAUGAGCCUUAAUGCCCUUGCAAUAUUCUGUUGCCUUCUUCCUCCUCCUUGCAGCCCAAUGCCCACAGAUCCCUGGCACUAGACACCCCUUUCUUGCAAAUCCUCAUGCAGUGCAAAGAUAUUCCAGUCUAUGGGACCUUUGCAAGAAUUGCCUUCCCCCAAACCAAACUUACAGCAGCUGAUCCACAUUUCAUCAUGACUUUACUCUAAGGAGCUCAGUGUAGUAUGUACGAUUCUCCCUGGACAAACACUUUGAGCUCACAACAACCCAGUUAGGCAGAGAAAUAACGACUGGUCCAUGGUCACCCAUUCAUAGCUGAGAGAGAUUUAGACAUGAGCCUCCUUAAUUUAACACUUUCACUACCCUGCUCUCAUAAUCAGACACUUCAUAUUUUAAAUUCUCUUGCCUUGCGGCCUGGCUAGUUAGUUUUAACAUUGAACCUUUUCCUUUUGCCAUUUCCUGUUUAGAGUGGAGGGGGGGCAAUUCUCUCCCCUUUCCCCAGCUACCUCUAUAGAGUUUAAUUUCAAAACACAAAGUUCUUUCCCACCAUGGCGUAUAUUAGUUUUAGUUUUAUCAGUACUUUGUCAAAGUCAUGCGUUGGCAAACUAAGGGCCGCAGGCUGAAUCAGGCCCAAUUGCCUUCUACCGUAGAUCUGGCCCACGGACGGUCCAGGAAUUGCCGCGUGGAUCGCCACUGCGCGCAUUCUUUCCCUCUCCCUCCCUCUCCCUCACAUGGUGGCACUUUUCUCCUCAGGGAUGGAGCAAUCUUGUGCCACGCCGGGUGCUGUCAGUGGCAGGAGUUGGCUCACCUGCCUGCCCACCUCAGCAGGGCGGCACUGUGAAGGGGGCGUGUGACGCCAGCUGCCGGCUGCUGAGGCAUUUUCCUCCUGCUGCUCCUCCCUCUCCUUCAGUCUGCCCUUCCUUCCUUCUCUGCGCCCCUUUUCUGUGCUGCUUCCUCACACCCUUUCUUCGUCACCUCCUUCCUUCAUUCCUCCCAUGGCGUUCAGGCAGGUCGUUGCGUUGGCCACGGCUGCUGCUUGCUGGUUGGGGGGCGGCUCUGUCAUCUUCUCCGUGGUGCCUCUCAGCAGCAGGUGGUGGGUAAAAGCUCUGGCGACGCUCCGGUUCCCCAACCUCCAUCCACGGCUCCUCUGCCAGGGCUUCAGCUUCUGUCUUCGCCAGCCAACGCAGCCUCCUACCCCGCCAUGGUGUCUGGCUGGCUGGGAAGCCCAACUGCGGCUAUUGGAAUGAUAACUGGGACAGGUAAAGCGAAGCAUCUUCAGGCCUCUUUACAAGUGGGCGAAAAUCAUUCAUUUUAUUUCUCUUCAAAAUAUAGUCUGCCCCCCCCCCCCCAAGGUCUGAGGGACAGUGGACCAACCCCCUGCUGAAAAAGUUUGCUGACCCCUGGUCAAGGUCAUAGACUCAGUAGAGGAAGACUAUUUUUCAAACCUAAUCCCUCCCCGUCUCCCACAUUGCUCACAAAUACCAGUUUUUAACAAUUAUAUGUUCAAAUCUUUGCAUCCAUUCACAUCAAAAUAAUUAUAAAAUCCAACAUAGUAAUAUUAAAUAGAUUUGAAUUGCUAAAAACUUUCCUUUCCACAAUCAUAAGUCUUCUUCUUCUUUGGCAAUCACUCGUAGCUGAGUAAGAUUGUCUUCCAUAAAUACAGUUUUAACAAAGAGUCCAUAAGUGACUAUGGAUGACAAGGUGAUGAUCCAGCGAGUGGGACAACCAUAAGUUGAAGGUUUAAGACAGUGGUGUUGGGGCUCUCUGAUGUUCUCUUUUCUGUCUCUCAACACUGCGCAGUAGCUGCUUUUAAAGUCUCCUGAUAUUAACAAUCAGUGAAGAGUAUCUACUAUAGUAAAUCAAUGUUAUUAAAUUUAUUUUAGUCAGUGUUCACAGUGAAUAAUCUUGUCCUCUUCUUUUGAUCUUGAUUUUUAGCCAGCAAAUACCUUUUAAGUACAUAGUUGUAAAUCUGUUACUUUUGACAUCAUCAGAGUAAAUCCCAAAGUACUUUACCAGAAGUAAAAUAGUUUCUAGAGAGUCAAUCUGUGGGCCAUCAGUGAGUCUGUAGGACCCUGAGACACCCCAAUGCUCCUCUUGUGUUUUUUGGGGGAGGCAUGUCACCCUCUCGCUCUUUCCCUCGCUCUACGGAGCCAAAUCUUAUAGAGCCAUCAGAUUCCCAGUCCAAUCACCAUGUUGCGAAGUCCUCUCCAUUGUCAUUGUCAAAAUAAUAACCAGCUGUCAGUCUUGUCAGCAUCUGCAUGGGGAUUUGUGGGUGAGGAACAGGGAAGGGAACUAUCUUGCAAUUUCAGGCUCCCUCCCUGGCUAUUUGGCAACAAAUGGAAGCUACUUUAAAGCCACAGUAGAUUGCAUGCUACCAUUGUACAACCAACACAAGUAUGUUAGCAUACCAUUAAUCCUGUUUAAGUAGAGAUUGAAUAAGAUCAAUCAAACAAUUUCUGGUCUAAUUUCAAAAGAUGACCUCAAUAAGGUCAGUAGCAUGUUACAAAAUGUUUGAUGGAGUCAAACAUUCCAUAACACGCUAUUGAUCUUAUUGAGGUCAAGUUUUGAAAUUAAUCCAAAGUUUCAGGUAGACUUCAUAAGAGCAUAAGAAGAGCCUGCUGGAUCAGGCCAAUGGCCCUUGUAGUCUAGCAUCUUGUUCUCACAGUGGACAACCCAUUGCCUGAGGGAAACCAGCAAGCAGGACCCGAGCACAAGAACACUGUCCUCUACCAUGAUUUCCAGCAACUGGGGUUCAGAAGCGUUGCUGUCUCCAACUGUGACAGCAGAGCAUAGCUAUCAUAUCCAGUAGCCAUUGAUAUCCCAGUCCUAUGAAUUUGUCUGAUCCUAUAUCAAAGUCACCCACGUUACUGGCCAUCACUGCCUCCCAUGGGAAUGAAGGCUAUACCUGUUUUAUAACUGUAAUGGUGUUAUCUGUUUUCACAAUUGAAUUUUCUGUUGCAAUCUACCCUGGGACUUUGGGAUGAAGGUAAGAAUUGUUUUUCCCCAACAUAAAUACAGUGGUACCUUGGGUUACAUACGCUUCAGGUUAUAUACGCUUCAGGUUACAGACUCCGCUAACCCAGAAAUAGUACCUCGGGUAAAGAACUUUGCUUCAGGAUGAGAACAGAAAUCGUGCUCCAGUGGCACGGCAGCAGCAAGAGGCCCCAUUAGCUAAAGUGGUGCUUCAGGUUAAGAACAGUUUCAGGUUAAGAACGGACCUCCAGAACGAAUUAAGUACUUAACCCGAGGUACCACUGUAGAUACAUAAAAAAUACCAAUCUAAUUUUACCAAUUGGAAGUAGCUCCUAUUGAUUAUGUUCAGUGGAGUCAGAGGAUAGAAAUGAGCUCAAACACACAGCCUUUACAAAAAUAUGGAACAUUCCCAAAUGCGUUUUGAAAAACAACAGCACCAGAACACAAUCCUAUUUACCAGUAUUUCGUUUAUACACUCCCUUCUCAAAACGACAUGCCUGUGAUCCCAGUGAGGUUUAUACACAUGAGACCUGAGACAAAGCUUUGCAGUGUGGAGUGCUCCUGUUUAGGGUUCCAUGUCCUCUUCCAGAAUAUUCCAAUUCUUCCCCUCCCCACGCCUGGUUUUCUACCUGUGUGAAAUGGAAUUGUGUGCAAUAGUGUGAUUAUGCUUUAAAAUAUGGGUGGCAUCUGCAGGGCUGUCCCUACCAUUAGGCAGAGUGAGGCAGUUGGUUGCCUCAGGUGGAAGCUGGAGUGUGUUACCAGGAGUCAUUCAUCAUGCCAUGCAUAUUAAGCUAGCCGAGUCUUAUUUUCCUCUUUUGGAUCUGCGAACCCUGCGGCUUCUCCACACCUACUGACACCUUCCUCUGUCUUGUCUAUGGGUAGUGUUGUUUUCACCUCCAUAAAGAUAAAUGGAUAGUUGGGUGGAUAGAUUCCAAACUGCUGCCAUUGCCUUGUGGUCAAAGCUUUAGGACCUGAAUGGAGCAAAUCAAACUGUUUUCUUGGGGUGGGGUGGGGAUUUUUAAUGUACAGUGGACCCUUUAGUUACAUACCACUCUGGAUACAUAACUUUCGGGUUACGAACGUUUUGCCAUGCGUGCAUGUGCAGGAGCGCUCUGUGCACCGUGCACAUGCACAGAAAUGGCACCUCUGCCUACGGACUUUACGGGUUGCGGACGGAUCCCUGGAAUGAAUAUAAUUCGUAUCCGGAGGGUCCACUGUAUUAUCUAUGGAACAGGAGGCAGUGAUGGCCACCAACUUGGAGGGCUUUAGAAGAGGACUAGGCAAAUUCAUGGAGGAGAGGGCUUUCAAUGGCUACUAGCUGUGAUGGCUAUGCUCUGCCUCCACAGCUGGAGGCAGCAAUGCUUCUGAAUACCAGUCCCUGGAAACCAUGGGAGGGGAGAAUGCUCUUGUGAUCAUCUUUCUGCUCCCUGGUUUCCCACAGCCAUCUUAGAAGCCACUGUGAGAACAGGAUGCUGGACUAGAUAGGCCAUUGUCCUGAUCCUGCAGGAAUGCCAGCGCCUGUUGCUAUCAAUUCAGAAAGGUGGAAUGGCGCUGGUUGUGAGAAGUGGAAAGGAGCACCUGUCCAUCUGCGGAGGCUCGUAUUCAGUGCUAUCUCAUGGUCUGUCCUUUUCCCCACUUGUCGCUGCUCCUCCUUUCUCAGAUUCCAAACCUGCAGCCAACGAGCUUAUCUACUUUUUCUUUUCACAACACCUGGUUGCUGCACAGACAUAAUUGGCUAGUAUUGCAGAGUACAUAUUGAAAAAUGGGCGAGUAAUUGGCUGACAAAGUAAAUCCAACACCUCGUCAAUACUGCACUAGCUCACACUUUCCCCUAAUAGGAUUCAAGGUGGCUUACAGGUAAAAACAAGAACUGCCAAAAACAUAGAAAAAACAAUCCUUCAAUAUAUAUAGAAUUAAAACUAUAUACUUAUAUAAAAUCUCUUAAAACCAGACAAAUAAUUACAAUAAUGCAGCACAGUACCAGUCUUUCCAUUAAAAGCAGUCAGUUCCCAAAAUCUUGUUGAGCAGAGAUCUGGGCAUCCAUACUCAGGGCUGAGUGCAGAAGCCCACCCAAUCUGUGUUUUCAGAGGGAGUGUUACCCCAAACAGCGCAGGCCGAAUCUAUUCCCUGUUGCACCUUCUGACUAACCUGGAUUGUCUGGAUUAAGUUUCAGCUUGUUGACCCUCAUCCAGGCCAUUACUGAUGAUAGACACCAGUUUAGAACUGAGACAGCUUCCUUGGAUUUAGGUGGAAAGGAGAAAAGGAGCAUGCAGAACCCUGAAACUCUGGAUAACCUUUCCCAGCAGUUUCAUGUAAACGGUAAAUAGCAUGGGGGAUGGAACAGAACCCCCUGUCCAGUUCCUGGCUUAGGUCAACCGCCAAGAUGAUCAAAGCCAUCUCUGUCCCAUAAACAGGCCUGAAACCAGAUUGAAAUUGAUCUAGAUCAGGGUUUCCCAAACUUGGGUCCCCAGCUGUUUUUGGACUACAAUUCCCAUCAUCCCUAUCUGGCAGAAGCAGUGGUCAGGGAUGAUGGGAUUGUAGUACAAAAACAGCUGAAGACCCAAGUUUGCGAAACCCUGAUCUAGAUAAUCCAUCUGCUCCAGAAACUUUUGGAGCUGAGAUGCCACCACACGCUCCCGUACCUUGCCCAAAAAUGGGAUGUUGGAGAUGCUCUGAUAGCUAUCCAGUAUGGUGGGAUUCAAGAAGGGCUUCUUCAGUAGAGGUCCUUUAGGCACACUGGAAUUAUGUUUUGGGGUUGCUAGCACAAGCACACAGGACACCUCAGAUUUUUCCUUUGCAGUCUUUAAUUAAACAUUCAGCAGAGCAAACUCCUGUGCAGAACAACCGUCUUCUCUAAGGAGGCAUAUAAUUAUACCCAAAAGUUCAGCCAUGCAGUUGAUCCAAUUGCACUUCUUGCAAAAGAUGAGUUACACAGAGUUUGCAUACAAUAAACUUAAGACCACCCUAGUUGAAAGGGUCUGUAAAAUAGAUUCUGAAGCUGCUAUUCAGACAAAACAGCUGCAGAAGUAUCAAAAAUUGGUUGGUGACUGUAGAAUUACUUUGUUUUCUUUCUUUUUUUAAAAAAGGAAACCAAGCAAACCACUGAGCAAGCAACAACACCCCACUUUUUCUUUCAUUUGUACAGACUGUCAGCUUUAGGCUAUCAGCAGUAAAUGACAGUUACCUCCCUUGUAAUGGUCCAUCCAGUAAUAUUUGUCUUCUGAUGUCUGCUGAUGCAGAGCACACCAAUAGGAACUCAGGAAGUCUGUGCUGACCGCUCAGAGAGAAUUGAAUGAGGUUAUGUCAUCAGAAGGGGAGGGGGUUGGUUUGAAAUGCCAUCAAAACUUGACUCUUCUCUUCUCAGAACAUCCAUGAAGCAUUCAGUAUAGUUUUGCCCUGUAAAGCUGUAUUUUUAAAGACUCAUUUGGAUUUGGAUUUAUAUAUUUGUUACAGCUCUGAAACUGGCUGCAGUUUCCUUCUCUCUCUCUCUCUCUCUCUCACACACACACACACACACACUUAACAUAAGAUCAGAGUUCUUUAUACAAAGUGAUGUGAAAACUUGCUUUAAAUAAGUGUACUACAAAUGUGUUUUCCAGGAAAGCUUGUUCCACAACAACAGCCAAUGGAUUUUGUUUUAAAAGAGGCAGUGUUUAAAUAAUAAAAAACACAUUUGAUUAAAAAGCCUAGGCUAAGUUUAUAGUGCUCUUUAUAAACAGGCAUGCGAGCUUACUCCCUGUAGCAGUUUGAAACCAAUUAGUCCUAGCAAGAAAAAAAUAUGGCUUUAAAAAUUUGAGUAUUACUAAUUGGAGUAUUAGCGUAACAGAAAAGUGGUGCAUGAAAAAGAAAUUGAAAUAUUAAAAAGGAAUGUUCUUGUUUUUAUGUGCGCUGGUGGAAAAAAUACGAAACUAAAGAGAUAUUUGAAUAGAUAUCAAAAAUUUAUAUUUGCAUUUAUUUUUCUCUGUACAACAGAGCAAUCUCUCUGAUGCCCUUUUCCUCAGCUUUCUAGAUCAACAGCAGAAAUGUCAAAUCUUUCCAACUCCUCACACACAGAGUUGCAACAAUUUAUGCUGUUAAGUGAAAAAGCCAUUUUUACUUUGAUUGUGUAGUUGGUGACAGCCAAUCUUGGAUACAAAUUAGGGCAACUUCCAGAGGGCUCUAAUUUAGAUCAUUGUCAGCCAAAUCCAAGCCAAAGCUCUUCCAGGAUGAGAAAAUUUGAAUUCAACGGAUCUUGAACUCAGCCAGGGCUAUGUUAGUGCAAUUCCCUCACCCUGGCUCAGCCAGGCCUCAGGCAGUGGAACUUAUGCUGAAGUUAGUCCCCAAAAGAGGUGUUCUGGAGGUGUGGCAAAGGCGAAAGAAGGCAAGAAGAGACACCUAUUCCAAAUCCUAUUCAGCUCAGCAAUGUGAUCCAGGGCCUGAUCCUCAAUAAUUGGGCCCACACUCACCUUCAUGCUCAGUCAACAGUAGCUCCUCCCAAAUGCUCCUGAAUGGAGUUUGGGUAACUUAGGUCAGCCUAGGUUACAACAUCUUUUAUAAUAAGUUUUGCUCAAUGUGCUUAUUUGUAACUUGCCCUUCCCCAAAGGUCCCUGGGAAGGAAUAAAUAUAUAAUUAAAACAAUAAUUUAAUAUCUAUUAAAAAAAUGUCACCAUCUGCUGCCACCCUGCCCCAGAGUGAAGAGCACUGCAAGAUGAGCAGCAUGCAACAUUCAGUUGAUUUGCCUUCUGUAACUCGCCAAUUUUAUGGCAAUAGCUGAUGACAGUCUUUUGUAAUUGCAGCUCAGUUCUCAGGACCAGAAGAGUUACUACUGCUUCCAGAGUAGAAUUAUUGUAACAUACAGGGUGAACAAGAAUAGAGAUAGGCAGGGAACAGGACACCUACAGAACUCUUCACUCAGCUUCACCACUUAGCCUAUUUUCUGACACUUAUUUUGGACAAAAGUGGCUCAAUUGUCUGCUCAGAUCACUGUUUGGAGGACUGGAAAUAUGUUGGAUAUGUUGUCCGUUUGAGCUUUUCCUCCCCUCCCCUUCUCUUCUUGCACAUACUGGUUACUUCUUCCAAUUUCUGGUUUCCUCUAAACCAGGUAUCUUCAACCUUUUCUGACCCAGGACUGACUUUUAACCCAAACAUGCAUUUGGGGACCCAUUCUUAAUCCAUUUGGGGAUCCAUUCUUAAUCUUUUCCCAUAUAUUUGCAUGGUGGUGAUGCUCUUGUUGUGACCCACCUUGGAUCAGGCCAUGACUUACUAGUGACCCUCAUCCACAUGUUGAAGAUCAGUACUUUGCUAUGACAUUCAAAUCAAGCAAUCUAUGGUGAGUGCUAAAUCCAAACCAUAGUUUGGAGGCAAGUGCUAACUACAGCUGUCCAAUUUAUUUUAACAAUGUCUAAACUGUCCUGUAUCCGAAAAUGAAUUUCAAGGCAGUGUACAAGAAAAUUUAAAAUCUCCAGGUGCGACAUAAAACAUAACCAGUAAUGCAGUAAAAUUAAUAGGAAGAAAACCAGCUAGCCAGCUAAAAAUAUCAUAAUUUAAAAUGCCUGGGCAACUAAAGGUUUUAACCUUUUACAAAUGUCACAAGAAAUUAUAGUUAGAGAAACCUGAAAAUGGUGGAGGAAAUAGACUUGUGAGAGGGAAUGAAGGUGUACAUGAAUCUGCUUAAUUAUUUAGAAAAGCUACCUAAAUCAAUAACUGUUGCAGCUUGUGGCAAUGCAUCUCAUAAACUAAUAUUGUUUUGAGCAAAGAAGUACUUUUGGUUUGGUUUGCCUUGAACCUACUUCCAAUUAGCUUUUGUGUUAUUGUAUAUGUCAGUCAAGCAAAUGCUUUUCCUAUAGGGAACAUGCUUAGAGGUGAUAGUUGUGAUUUGUGUAUCAUGAAUGUUCGCUUAUGUUGUGUCUUGGCGCUCUCCAGAUGUUUUGAGCUACAGCUCCCAUCAGCUCAACCAGCUAGCACAGCUGGCUAGGGUUGAUGGGAGUUAUAGCCCAAAACAUUAGGAGGACACCGGGUUAGCGAUGGCUGUUACAACUUGUUGAAUCCCAGUGGGACAUGGAAAGCCUUCUGCCCAGAUUUUCUAGUUGCUUCCAUUUCUAUGAGACAAAUGAAAAUUCUAUUUUCAUAACAUGCUGUGAUGUGGCUGUGUAUUUGUAUUUAUGAUCCCCAGUAUUAUUAAUUGAUUAAUUGCUUACAGCUAACCACUGGUGAUGCUCAAACUCUGGGUUUCCUGCAUUGAGCAGGAAGUAGGACUAGACCUCUUCCAACUCUGAGAUUCUACGUAUCCCACAGGGUCAUGAACUCUAAGCAAUUUACGACAAGAUGCAGAAAGUUAAAUGGAUCAAGUAAUAAAAUCAAAAUACUGUACUGUAGCCAGCACCAAAAUAAAUAGCAAGGCCCAGAAUUGACAAGUAAAAGCUCCAGCCUAUAAACUCACUCAUGUCAAAGGUUGUGAGCCACCAAGUACUUAGGACAGAACAUUGUUACAACAUCUCAUUGCAGUAUAGGACAUUUUGUUGUCAUUAAAGGGUUGUGUUGUUGGUUUCAGGCACACCCACCACUAUGCUUUUUUUUUUUUUUAACUUGGUGUGUCCAUAGCUUAUCUGGUUAUACACUGCUUGUAUUUACAUAAGAGGAGCAAUCCUAUAUCAGUGAAACUCCCACAGGGAAAAAGUCCAUUGUUUUCAGAGUUUUAAGAUUGUGUAAAUACGGAGUUUGAUUGUUGCUUCCAUUUCCCCACCUCCUUUCUUUUUGAUUCCUGGACUCCUGUGCCUUUCACCAGCUGUGUUUUCAACCUGAAAUUUUUCGGGAUUUUCUCACGAAGGUGCAGUGAAUAGGCAAAGCAUCACCUGUUGCCCUUGUGUUUGUCAGCUAGUUUAUGAAAGCUCAGGAGUCUUCCUAGAAAAACUGGGACAUCCUAAGAUAGAGAAUAAUCAAAAUGAUGCAUUUGUAUGCCAUUCCUAAUAGAGCUGGGCGAUAUAUUGUUUAAUUAUCUGAGACUGGUAUGAUGUUCAGAUCAUGAUACUGGUUUCAUACAUUUUGAGUUGGCAACAUAUUGUGCCAGCUCAAACUGCCGGCAGAUGGUGUUGUAAACAAAAAUUACCCUUUUCCCUUAUGGGGUAUCCAAGAGCCCAUAUAGAGUCCUUACAUAGGUUCUCUAUUGGUAGGAGAGAAUAACAAGAGGCUAACCAGAGAAUAUUGAGAAGCAAAGCAGCUAGUAAGCUUGAUCUUUAUUGAUCUGUUGCAACAGGGUGCUCCCUUCACCCGUAGGAGAGGAGGAGGGACCUAGAAAAACGGCAUGCAAUGCCUUAUAAAGACUUUUGAAAUUCCCAUCCUGUAGAUCAAGACCACCCCCAGAAACAUCAUACAUACAUCACAGAAGGGGUGUAACCUAAGACCAUCCCUCAGAUACAUCACACCUACAUCACAGAAAAGGCGGUCUAAAACAGAAAUUUGAAUAUUGUUUUUCUCCUGUUGUUGUUUAUCUCCUGUCUGGCAGGUUACUUGAUUGGAUUGCCUGGGGAGCCCAGCCAUUCUUUUGUACUGAUAGAUACUUAGUUCCUGGGCCAGGUCACAGGCUCACACCCUAUUCAUAUCUUAAAUGUGUCCUUAAGACAGGAUUUGCGAGGAAAGAGACAAUGGGGAGGUUUCCCACUUUGACCUUGCAGAGAAAACAUUUGGUCAGUUUAGGAAUCAAAAUGGUUCCAGGUUGGCCUUCCUGUGCUGAUCUAUGUAUGUGCUUGGUACGUACACUUAUGAACAUUACCAUAUAUCGAAGACCAUAAAAUUCCUAUCACAGUGGCAAAGGUGCAGACAGGCAAAUAAUUAGCCUCAAUUUCCCCAUCAUAGCAUGGUGCCCAUUAUGAUCAAUGUACUCCUACAUAUGCAUUCUUAGACUGCUGUUGCAAAUCUUUUAAUGGCGCCAUCACCCAUGGCCUCUGUUUCCCAAUGCUUUCAGUUGGCAAAUGGUUACCAGAAGUCCCACACAGCUCCCUUUCCCAUCCCAGCAGCUACAUGCACUCCAUAAACUUACAGCUGCAACCAUGCUCUGUUGAAACGGCAUCUAGAUUUUGCUCUGGCCUCAGAGAUUGCAAAGAAAACUGCAGUUCAGCCUUGCUUAAAGUAUUAUUGAAACAAAUAGAUCCUGCUGCAGAAGAGGAGGUCUUAAUAAGGAGGCUGAUGUAUUGUCUCAUUCAGCAGAGCCGGAUGGAAGUCUGAUUGCACACAUUGAUCUUAAUAGUCAGAAAUGCUUGUCAAUCGAACAGAUUAAGGCAAUCUGCUGAGUCACGGUUGCACUGCUCCCCCACCUCUGGCAUAAUUUGAUGUUAUCUUUACUUGUGUGGUGGUGCUCGGCAGCUGUAAUCUAACUACUGCCUCUGCUACUAUUUUAAAAUGCAAUUAGCUCUGACAGUGCACUAGGCAUUGAAUCCCAGGAUGCUCUUGUUUGUCCUGCAUGCACACUCUGGUAAGAGUUGUCAAUAUGCCAUUAAAAUGCUUUGUGUGUUCCUUGAAGCCAGACUCCAAUGGCCUCAAAUAUUAAAGUUCCUCACCCUCUGCCUACUAAACACUACCAUCCCCGAAUGCUAGGAAGGAUUUCGUCUACUUAUUGUUACUAUACUUGCCGUAUAAAUGCUCCUGACAAAUGUGUAUAUUAAUUGCAAAUAUCACAUUUUAAAUAAUGAAUUGCAUGGAAACUACCUAACCUAGAGGGUAGGGUUAAGUGUGUGUGUGUUUAUGUGGAACAAAGGAAGCUACAUUAUUCAGAUCAUUGAAUCAUUUAGAUCAGUAUUGGCUACAUUGGCCUUCAAAAAACCUGUUCCUUCCAGAUAUUUUGGACUAUAUUUCCCAUCAGCCCCAGCCCAGUGUUUGAAACUCCCAUUGUUCUAGGCACAUUUUGCAACAGGGAGUUACAUUAGCGCAAGCAGCUUCUGUGCUCUGGGUACAGUACUGCGCCUAAGAUUUCAGAUUAAAACAGUGGAGUGGAGUGGAAGGAAAGGAAGACCUUUUCCUGCUUCCCCACUUCCAGCUACUCUCUGAAGACUGUAGAAGAGACCCUCUUAAGAAUAUUAGGAGGGUGGGCAGGGGAAGGACCAGACCAUGUAUAAAAUGAACAUAAUAUUUUAGCUGCAGUUCAUUCAUUUGCAGCUUUGUUAUAUAUAUAUAAAAGCAUGCCUAGACAUUCCAUUGUUGUGCCCAUAACCUAGGUUUAAGGUGCCAUCUAGCUCCUAGCUUUCAUAUCUCCAUUUUUAACACUGCCUCAGCCACCAUGGCCAAUGAUCAAGCAUUAUGGAAUCUGUAGUCUAAAACAUCUGGAGAACUUCAGGGAAGGGACAGCUGGUCCAUGCAGGUCAGCAGUGGUUCUCCAGGGUUUCCAUGAGGGCUCGAUCCCCUUCCCAGCUAGAGAUAACAGGGAUUCAAAGCAUGUUCUCUAACUCUGGCUCUUGACACUUCCCCUAUGGAGAAGACUAAAUAUUACAUCACCAAUACCAUAGUGCUGGGGCUUUUGUUUUCAUCUUUACAGUACACAUCUGUGCGAUCCAAACCUCUGGCCAUGAAUUGUGGGUGGCUGGGUUUUUGUAAUCCCAGAAAUUGGCAAAACCAGGAGUAUUUUUUGGCUCUGGCAUAGGGAUUCCAAAGUGUUAAUUGGUCUGGUUUACUGGAGUAGCAAGAUUAAGGGCAUUAUAGGAAAAUCAAGGCAGGGCGUACUUUUGCUGUUAAGUCUGCAUUGAUCUCAGUUCAGCAGAUCAGUCCAGUGUUUUGAUGCCUGUUAAUGGUUCAGUGUUGGUGUCUGUAUUUUUUCUGAGGGUCUCAGCUACAAAAUGGCCCUAUGGGCAUGAAGCUCUUUUCUGGUGGGUGUGUAGGAAGCACACCUCACAGUCCCCAUGGCGAACCUUUGAGCAACUGGGUUGAAGCAUUCUGACUAUGGCCCCUUGAGCUUAAGUUACAUUCUGGUAAUUUGUUCUUCAAUUUUUAGAGAACUGCAGUUUUGCUUGUCAGUGCCAUUCUUCAGGCAAUCACGUUGCAAUGCAUUGAGGAGAUGGUUGUGAAAGGCGUCCUCCACCCCCACCUCCUCUGAAGACUCUUCUGUAGAAAUGCACAGUGUAGGCUUUGAUAUGUAAAAGAACGGAGCCUUAUUCAUUUUCAUCUUUCUUACACCAGGCUGUGAGACAGAGAUGUGAGCACACAGCUGUUCUUCCUUGCCUCACCCAACCAGGUGAAACUGAUUUCAUUUACAUUAGCAAGAUGCAAUAGAGUUGCAGAUAUAAGGCGUUUUCUGUGAGUUGCCUGAGGAUAUUAGCUAACAGGGUGCAAGAGAGAUGGGAGACUUAGAGCACUGCUAUUUGUUUAUUUUUAAAUUUCUAACCUGUCUUUUCUCUCAAAGUAGCCCAGAGCAGAAAACAACACAACAGCAAAACAAUACAAAUUUUUAAAGUGCUUAAAAACAGUCACAGCUAAUAAUUUCAAGUGCAGUUUAUUUCAGAUGGCAAAUGCCAGGGAGAAUUGGAAUGUUUUAAAAUUCUUCCUGAAUGUUAAUGAUGAAAGAGGGAGACACCUCAGGUUGGAGGGAAUUCCAUAAAUGGGGAACCACUAUCAAGAUCUUUGCUACAUACCCUACUGUCCCAAGAAGUUCAGGGUUGUGCAACAGGUUGAGAACAUGAGAUCCCUGAUGGACCAGACUAAGACACAUUUAGUCCAGUAUUCUGUUCCUUCCAUUGUCGGCCAUAGACCUAUCAGAAGCCCACAAGCAAGACAUGAGUGCAAUAUUUGAGCAUAUCCUGGCCUGACUGCACUGGCUGCCAGUUAGCUUCCAGGCUCAAUUCAAAGUGCAGUUUCUGACCUGUAAAGCCUUAAACAGCUCAGGACCACAAUACAGUACCUCAAAGAAUGCCUCUACCCAUAUAAACUGUCCCAGACUCUGCAUUUAUCAUCUGAUGCCCUUCUUCGUGUGCCUCCUCUACCUCCACAUGAGGGUGAUAACAUGAAAAUGGGCCUUCUCUGCAGUUGCUUCUUGUUUGUGGAAUGCUCUCCCCAGGGAGGCUAGCCUUACACCUUCAUUAUAUAUAUUUUAGGCACCAGUCAUGAACAUUCCUUUUCAAUCAGGCUUUUGGUUGAUUAAUAUUCUACAGCCUUUCAAUUAUGUGUCUGUAGGAAGAUGGGGCUAUUGUUUUGCUUAAUUAUUUACUUGUUUUAAUCCUAUAUUUUAGUCUGUGAACUGCCCUGAGACUUUAUGAUGAAGGGUGGUAAACAAAUCAAAUAAAUUAUAAUAAUAUUUCUGUAACUUUUAUUUGGGUAAGAGAGCACUUGAGAUUAAUGGCACAUGUGUAAUGUUUAAUUACAAUGUGCAGUGUUUAAUUACAAAUAUGGGGGAGCACCUUCGUAACCAAAUAACUCCUACCGUACGGAACUUGCAUCACUGUCCCUGGAUGAACAGCAUACCGGUAAUCCUGCCAGAGCUCCUCUACCAGUCCAGCUACACCUACAAACUAUUAUCUCUUUCCAUUUGUCUCUGACCAAAUCCAAGCUUGAAGCAACUGCUUCACUGCCCUUCCUUUGGUGGGAAGAGUAGAACCUUCUAAAGGCUGGACAAAGGUUGUAAAACAUGGUUAUACAAUGACAUUAAGCUUUUUGUGUGAUCCCUGACUGGGUAGGAUUACAGCUGGAUGAUGCCCGCCUGGAACUGAAGUACUGUAAUAGAUCAGCUGUGAAUAGGAAGCAGAUAAGGAGUGAAAAGUGCAAUGACACUUUUAGCUCUUCCUAACACACACACACACACACACACACACACACACACACACACCCCUGCCACAGAUUUUAGGGAAGAGAAGAUUGACACAACCAGUGUAGACUUUUUUUCCAUUUAAAUUGCAACAAAGUCUUGUUUCACUCCUUGAGCUGCUUCAGACUGUGCAUUGUUGUUGUUUUGCAGGUGUUUUGCAACAUGGCAUUGAUGCAAUAGUAGGGGAUUAGUGGUAGAUUUAUAACAGAUCACCCACACAUUAUUCUGCUUUAUUAGUUGUUCUGCAAUACUUUCCCACAACAGAAAUAGAAAUCCAGAAAAUGGGGCAGAUCUAUUUUCUUGCAAGAAACUCUCUUUCUUCAUGUGCCCUUUCCAUGGCUAAUUGCACGCCAUUCUUUUCAUCUGAAGCCAGUGCAACUGUGUAGGAUGGUUUGAAGUUAGAAGAGUGUACAAGAACUUCUAGGGAAGUACCCACACAGACCAGGUGCUGCUCCAUUAUUGCCUUUGAUUUUAUAAUAAAUUUUAUUAAUUUUCCAUACAGUUAUACAUUUUUAUCCAAAGUACAUCCAAUUCUCUCUUUUUUGAACUUCCUUCAGCGUCUCUGACAAUCAUCCGUAUUUAUAACUUUAGUUACACAUUCCCUUCUUUCGUAUUGCCAUUAUACUUCCCUUCUCCACUAUUCCAUAUAAACAAUACUUCUCUAUUUUUACAGUGCCUCUUGAAAUCCCACUAGUGUUGUGUUCAUACCACAUGUAUUUUUCAGAUAAUCUACGAACUUUCCCCAGUCUUCGAUGAACUUUUGGUCUUUAGUAUAUCUGAUUUUCCCAGUUAAUUUAUCCAAUUCCGCAUAGUCUGUCAAUUUCAGUCUCCAUUCUUCUAUCGUCGGUAUUUCCUCUUGUUUCCAUUUCUGGGCCAACAAGAUUCUGGCUGCCGUUACUGCAUAUUGGAAGAGUUUAUAGUCUUUUCUUCUUAUAUCCUUUCCUACAAUCCCUAAAAGAAAAGCUUCCGGUUUUUUUACAAUGGUGUAUCUUAACAUUUUCUUCAUUUCAUUAUAUAUCAUUUCCCAAAAGCUUUUCACUUUCUUACAUUCCCACCACACAUGAAAAAACGUCCCUUCUUUUUCUUUACAUUUCCAACAUUUGUUACACAUCUUAUACAUCUUUGCUAACUUUACAGGUGUGAUGUACCAUCUGUAGAACAUUUUCAUAACAUUCUCUUUCAAUGUCAUACAUGCAGUAAAUUUUAUAUUCUCUUUCCACAGUUUUUCCCAUUCAUCAAAUUGGAUAUUGUACCCAAAAUCUUUUGCCCACUGUAUCAUUACCGAUUUAACCUCUUCAUCUUUCGUAUACCAUUCCAACAAUAUCUUAUACAUUUUUGACAGAGUUUUAUAUUCAUUGUUUAUUAUAUCUGUUUGAAAAUUAGAUUCUUUUUCUACAUACCCUUUUCUUUCAGAUCUUUUUUAAACAUUUCAUUUACUUGAAGAUAAUGCAGCCAAUCAUAUACAUGAUCUUUAACUUGUUCAAAUGGUUUAAAUUUCCAUUUAACUCCUUCUUUAAUUACCAAUUCACCAUAUGUACUCCAUUUGCCUCUCAUAUUAAUUUUCUUAACACUCAUUACCUCCAGCGGAGACAACCAAUGUGGGACUUUUGGCUCCAAUAUAUUUUUGUAUCUAUCCCAUACUUCUAUUAAAGAACUCUUGAAGAUGUGGUUUCCAAAACCCUUAUGAACUUUCUUCUUGUCACACCAUAAAUACGCGUGCCAACCAAAUCUGUUAUCAAAACCUUCGAGGUCUAAUAAUUCCUUGUUUUCUAAUUUUAUCCAUUCUUUUAACCAACAUAGGCAAGCCGCUUCGUAAUAUAAUUUCAAAUCUGGCAGGGCGAAGCCACCUCUUUCUUUUACAUCUGUCAAUAACUUAAAUUUUAUUCUUGGCUUCUUCCCCUGCCAGAUAUACCUUGAAAUCACUCUUUGCCAUUCUUUAAAUUCCUAUACCCUUUAUAAUGGGUAUAGUCUGAAAUAAAAAUAACAUCUUUGGCAGCACGCUCAUCUUUAUCGUAGAUAUCCUUCCCCAGAAGGAUAGUUUCAUUCUACCCCACACCUCCAGAUCCUUCUUUAUUCCCUUCCAAACUGGAAUAUAGUUGUUUUGAUACAAAUCAAUGUUCUUAGAUGAUAACCAAAUUCCCAAAUAUUUUACUUUUUUCACUACCUCUAUCUCCGUUUGUUUUGCUGCAUUAUUUCAAUCUUGGUUUGUUCCAUAUUUUUUACAAUCAUUUUGGUCUUUCUCUUAUUCAGUCUAAAUCCAGCUACCUUUCCAAAUUGUUCCAUCUCAUCCAAUACCUCUUUUACACUUUCUAUUGGUUCUUCCAAAGUCAUUACCAAAUCAUCGGCAAAGGCUUUAACUUUAUAUUCAUUCCGACCUACUGUCACCCCUUUUAUUUGCUUAUUUUGUCUAAUUGCAUUUAAAAAGACUUCCAGAACCGUUAUAAAUAACAAUGGCGAAAGUGGGCAACCUUGUCUUGUUCCUUUAGAUAUUUUUAUAUCUUCAGUAAUAACAUUGUUAACUAUCAUUUUUGCUCUCUGUUCUGUGUAGAUUGCCUUUAUACCAUUGAGGAACUCUCUCCCCACCUCCAUAUAUUCUAAAUUUUUCAACAUAAACUCCCAUAUAACAUUGUCAAAGGCCUUCUCAGCAUCCACAAACAUUGAAAUUGCCUGUUUAUCGUUCCUAGCAGUCAGAUAUUCUAAAACAUUAAUUAUAUUUCUUAUAUUAUCUUUCAUUUGUCUGCCUGGUAGCAAACCUGCUUGAUCCUUAUGUAUAAGUCUUGUUAAUAUCUUUUUCAAUCUCUUCACUAAUAUUCCCGCAAAUAUUUUAUAAUCCGUAUUUAACAGCGAGAUAGGCCUAUAAUUUUUAACUUGGGUUAGAUCCGAAUCCUGUUUGGGAAUCAAUGUAAUAUAUGCUUCUUUCCACGUUUCUGGGAUAUCUCUUUCCUUUAAAAUAUUAUUCAUAACUUCCAUCAAAGGGGUCAUCAACACAUCUUUCAUUUCUUUAUAAUAACUAGAUGUAAAUCCAUCAGGUCCCGGAGCUUUCCCUGUCUUCAGCUCUUUUAUCACCUCUUUUACUUCCUCUUUUUCUAUUGGGGCAUUCAGCUGGUCUUUUUGGUCUGUCGGGAUCUUCUGCACCGGCUGCCCCAUUAUUGCCAUCAGGAAGGGCACUAUAACCUGCACAAUAGGUUAGCAAAAGCAGGACAAUGCAACAUUUGUCUACCCUGGCUGGCAGCUCACAGUUUAGAUCUUCCAUAUCACCUGAGAUCGAAGGCAUGGGCUCCCUGAGUUAUGAUCCCUUCUGAUAUGGGAAGAAGUCAUGCUUCUCACUUUGGCACUAUUUGAUCUAGGACUCUUUCUGAGCAGCACCUGCUUUGUGUGGGUACUUCCCUAGAAGUUCUUGUACACUCUUCUAACUUCAAACCAUCCUACACAGUUGCACUGGCUUCAGAUGAAAAGAAUGGCGUCCAAUUAGCCAUGGAAAGGGCACAUGAAGAAAGAGAGUUUCUUGCAAGAAAAUAGAUCUGCCCCAUUUUCUGGAUUUCUAUUUCUGUUGUGAGAAAAACAUAUUCCAUGCCACCUAUUUUAAGGCAGGGAGAACAUCAAUCGACAUCACUUCCAUUUCUUUUGUACAUCAGAUGUCAUCCAGAAACUGAAAGGGGAAGGAACUUAAAUUGUUCUAGGAACUGUAAACUGGACGAGAGCACAUUUUUGCAUCCUGGUUCUGUCAUAAAAAAGCAAAACAAAUGUUCUGGGUAUAUACCUGGCACCGUGCCAUAAGGUAAGAUGAAACUUUGAGUUCUUAGGCAAAUGAGCUCCCCUUUUCCCUACACUCUGUGACACCCACACUUGUAUUUUGCUUAUAUAGGCUUUGCUGCUGUGGCAGAAUGAAUUAUUCAGAAUGUAGCUGUCUAGCACAGUGCAAAGGAAAGGAAUCUCUCAUAAGCGGGUGCCAAACAGCACUCAGUUGCAGUGGUCAGGAUCCAUUCCCUUCUUCUGUGUGAUCAAGAAUACAAUUGGUAAGGCUGGAGGACAUAGACAAGAAGUUUAGUUUGGUCAUCGUGACCACUUGCUCUUAGGACCCUUGCCCAUCUUGGCUAAUGAAAAGUAGAAGGUAGUUGACAGCUGGCUGGGCCAUGGAGGUGACUAGUGCCUCAUUGUGAGAUGGGCUGGUCCCUGUCUGCUUGAAGAAGGCAGUGGUAAAACUACUCCUAAAGAAAUCCUCCGUGGAUUCAGAAAAUCAUAAGUACCGUAAUUCCUGGCGUGUUGCCAGUCUCACCUUAUUGGGCAAUGUUCUUGAGAGGGUGGUUGCAUAUAAAAACAUUAAGGCCUUGUAAGUCUUUUAAAACUUCCCCCUGGGUGAGAGGCAGGAACGCGUUGUGACUCCUUUGGCAUCCCAUGAUGAGUGAUCAAAGAACUACAUUAGCAACCUAUGGUGUAGGAGGGUCACAUGAGAUUUCUCAGUACUAUAAUGUCCUACUGGCACAAAGAUGGAAGGGGUAGCUGGAGAGAGGGCUGCAACAAGACAGGGUUUUCGCAGCUGUAUUUCACCACAGAUACUGAUAAGGAAUAAUGAUUUGAGGGGCAGUGCUUCCUACAACUAACUGCUAUCAUUUGCCCACUACAUAAUGGAACAUUUGAGGAAGGUGUAUAUAAUUUGUGAUUCGAGAAUUAAAUUAGAAACUAAUUGAUGUAAAAAAUGAAAAUUACUGCACCCAAACAAGGCAACUUUAUUUGGUUUGCCUGACCAGAAUGAGUUGCAAUUUUCUGUUUGCUUUUUGCUGGGAUAGCAGAGUUUAGCCUGAGGUUAAAGCAUUUAAAUAAUAUAGUUUGAAAAUUUGUGAUGCUGAAGAAGCAUUCAAGGAUGCUGUGGUGUCGGUUUUGAACUGUGUGAUUGGCCAAGAGACCUGAAAGAUGUGUUUUGUGGCAUCCCUAGGGAGAAAUGUAUUGCUUCUUGUAUUGUGUGAUGAAUUGUCUGCAUCAAGGCAUUCUCUUCUUCCAAACAGGACCUCAAUAUGUUUCUUGCAUGAGGCAGAAAUAUAAUUUAUUUGGACUUUCUAUUGUUUGUUGCAAAACAACAGCAACAACCGCACUUUGAAUGUGAUCCUUCCCUACUCUGGGACUCACACAAUUUGAUUGUGCUAGAAGGAGAGAGCUAGAGGAGUAUUUCUUAUUUCCAAAAUGUUACACAGAUUCCUUAUUUCCAAAAAUUGCCAUACUACAGUGGCUGUACACCUGCCCAAGUGUAGCCAACUGAGCAGGGCAGCUAGAAAUGGUUGAGUUUGUAGGGAUCUCUCCGCACAUGUGCUCUUGUAUCCACAGGAGGAAACAAGUAUCACAUGCAUGCUAGAAGAAUUGUAGAUGUUAAUGCAUGUUAAGACUUCCUGAUCUACAUUUGUUCUAGCGCAAGAUUGAGUAAAUGUAAUUACAGUGGUACCUCGGGUUAAGUACUUAAUUCGUUCCGGAGGUCCGUUCUUAACCUGAAGCUGUUCUUAACCUGAAGCACCACUUUAGCUAAUGGGGCGUCCCGCUGCCACUGCGCCGCCGGAGCAUGAUUUCUGUUCUUAUCCUGAAGCAAAGUUCUUAACCUGAAGCACUAUUUCUGGGAUUGCAGAGUGUGUAACCUGAAGCGUAUGUAACCCGAGGUACCACUGUACUGAAAUCACAGCAGAGUCAUCAGUAAUGAAUGUCUUUACUGAAUAACAGAAUUCAUAUAGCAUCAUCAGUUGUUGGAAUCCAACUCAGCAGCAUUAUACUAGGAAUUAUUUUGUCCUAGUCCUGUCCAUGUGUACUUCAACGUACACAACAAAAUCCCACGGAAAUGUUCGAUGAACAACACUAUGUGAACUUUUCAAAACUGGGUGGUUCAAACACAGAGGACUCACCACUUACAUAGGAGUUAUGUUCUGGUGCCCUGCGCACAUAAGUGAGAAAUCGCGUAAUGUGGGGGGGGGGCACUCUCUAAACACCCUUUAAAUGCCCUCUCUCUUCAAUCCAUACCAAAAAUACUGUAUCAAAAAAUAUCCACAGCUAGAACUGAAGUUCUGGAGCUGGUGGGAGGCUGGAGGAUACACAGCAAAGCGCAUCUGUUGCUGCUGCACUACGCUGCACAUCAGCUGUUAGGUGGGGAGGCUGAGCAGCAUAAACAAAGCUCUGCUGCACCUCUAGACGCUUUGGGGCUUCCUCCAUCCUCUUCAGGCUCUGGGGAGGGUCUCCUCGUGAGCCACAAAGAGUCUCCAGCUUGCUCCUGCCAUUUCCAGGUAUGAAUCAAAUUGUUAAUUUAUUUUCCGGCACCGCACAUAUAUGUGGCCACAUGCAAGUUGAUCACUCGCAAAUGGGGGGAAAGACUGUAGUCACAAACAAGGUGCUAGGCCUUUAAUGGGGCUAUAGCAUUUCAGGCUUCAUGUUUUGUAGUUGAAAGUCACACUUGGUUGAAAAUUUAGCCCUACUCACAGAAACUUCUCUGCUCAGAAUGGAGACAGAAGACCAUUAAAAAGCUUAGCAGAAAUGAGAAGGAACACCCCAGUCCACCUGCCAACUUGUUGCAUAGGAAGAAGGGGAAGUCACCUGCAGGAAUGGUUGCCAGUUCCACCCUGUGGUGUUUCAAGGGCAGCUCACUGGGCUGUAUAAUUGUUGUUACAUACUAGUGAAUAAUAGCUAUUGCUCAAUAUGUAUACCUAAGGUACAGAUACUGGCAUGAGUAGAGAAAAGCAUAUUGGACCUUGAACAGCAAGAUCAGAUAUAUAAGCUAGGUGCCAAAUGGCUCCUUUAACCAGACUUAUAGUCACCAAAAUGGAAUGUCUAGUUGCCAUUUGGGGGCCAGACAGUUCAAACAUUGUAUUUUUCAAUACAAUGUUUUGGUUCCUGAAAUGCGUUCUGAUUGUGCAGAUAAAAUUGAAUUCUACAGGAUAUGUCAGGUGCACCAAGUUGGGCCCAACAUUUGGGGGGGAGCUAUCGCACAUGCAUGACAUCACAUGUGCAACAUCCCACCCCCCAUUGGGCCACAUCUGUCAGGACAUACGGGCACCUACCAGGAUGCUCUGGCAACCGUGGCGGGAAACACAGAGGGCGAAAAUUGCCCUCCAACCCUCCCACCCCUGCCUGGUGCAUGCCCGGGGGUGGCAGGGGAUGAUGGCCCCCUCAAUUGGGGUGGGGGGCUCAGCCCCCUGCCUCAAAAUAUUGAGGGGGCUGAAACCCCUUCUGCCCCCUAUAGCCAGCACCCGUGGUUUGUGUUACUAGUGUGUGAAAACAGUCAAGAUCCAAGGAUUUUAAUGUAUUUUUAAUCUUUGUUGGAAGCCACCCAAAGUGGCUGGGGAAACCCAGCCAGAUGGGCAGGGUACAAAUAAAUUAUUAUUAUUAUUGUUAUUAUUAUUAUUAUUAUCCCCAGGCAUGCACCUCCAGAUGGUGAAGAUAUCAGGCACUAUCCUGGCACCUGGGCAUCUUCUCUUUGUGGCACAUGGCCGGUAUCCAGGUCUCUCUACACCCCCACAACCCUCUUUAACCUCCAUCCAGGCAAGCAAGUGGUUUGAGGUCCCGCACCCUUCUGUAAUUGGUGCCUCUGGUGAAAUGUGCCACACGGAGAGAACUGCCAUGGGGAAAGCAAUUAAAACAGCCUUCCUGUGGCAGCUUCUCCAUUGGAACUGGCUGUUACUUUUCUUGACUUAAGUUAAAAAGGUAAACAAAGGGAGAGAAGAUGGCAAGUGGUAAAAACAAAUAAAAGAAGAAAAGGAAAUGCACAAAUAACGCACCGCAUUCCGAUUGCACAGGAGCGCCUAGGGCUGCCUCGCACAAGCACGCAGACAGGAAUGUAACCAACUGCUUUAUGCAGAGUCAGGGACCGCUGGCCCAUCAAGCUCAGUGAUUUUGACACUGGCUGACAGCAGCUCUCUAGAAUUUCUGAGCCCUACCUGGAGAUGCAAGGAAUUAAAGCCAGAAUCUUCUACAAUCAGCACAUGUGUACUACUGAGCUAUACAGCAUGCCUGGAUCUGCCUGGGUGGGGAAGGGCUGGGAGUUUUCCGUUUGCAGGUGGUGAUAGUCAACAACAUAGCUGAUAAAUAUGGAAAUUGUUGGCACUGCAGCCUGCACAGUCGAGAACUGUGUGACUCAUAAGGUUGUGGAUUUUUUAAAAAAAGUAUUGGCUGCAUGACACAUACAUUGAUCAAAAUGAAACACCAAUGGCCACCACAUCUGAGGGCAGGGCAGCAAGUUAAGGUAGGAGGUGCAGGGCGGAUCAUGUGGCACCUGCCACUCAGUCCUCCGAACACCCCAUCACCGCUCCCUAACCUCCAAUAUCUGCUGCCUGAGACCACUGCCUCCCUUUGCUUACUGGUUGGGCUGGCCCUGGGUUUAGUUUCUGGUUCAUGCCUCAUCCUUCUGAUUAUGGUCCACAUAUUGGGGUGGAAAACCUUCCCCCGCUCAUCAUAAUCUGCAAAGGGGAGCAUUGGCUGGCUUCAUGGUUUCCCCCAUGAAGUGAUGUGUGUAAGUAAGCUUCAUAUGCACUAAAGCUUGCUGUAUCUUGAACAUGUGCAUGCACACGAAAGACCUGGCUCCCAGUACGUUUCUGAGCACAAUUCAAAGUGUUGGUGCUGACCUUUAAAGCCCUAAACAGCCAGUAUACCUGAAGGAGCGUCUCCACCCCCAUCAUUCUGCCCGGACACUGAGGUCCAGUGCUGAGGGCCUUCUGGCGGUUCCUUCUCUGCGAGAAGCCAAGUUACAGGGAACCAGGCAGAGGGCCUUCUCGGUAGUGGCACCCGCCCUGUGGAACGCUCUCCCACCAGAUGUCAAAGAGAACAACAACUACCAGACUUUUAGAAGACAUCUGAAGGCAGCCCUGUUUAGGGAAGCUUUUAAUGUUUAAUAGGUUAUUGUAUUUUAAUAUUUUGUUGGGAGCCACCUGGAGUCGCUGGGGAAACCCAGCCAAAUGGGCGGAGUAUAAAUAAAUUAUUAUUAUUAUUAUUAUACCCAGAACAAACUUAGUUGGUCUCUAAGGUGCUACUGGACAAUUUCUUAAUUUUUAAACUUAUUUCGACUGCGUCAGACCAACACAGCUACCUGCCUGAAUCUAUGCAACCGAAGGAUGCUCUUUAGAUAAAGGUCAGUGUUGUUUUCACGUUCAUGCCAGUGCCUGAAAGCAUGGCUGAAGAAAAAGCAGGCUGAACAGUAAUAUAUACCAGGGGAGGAAAGGACAAAUAAUGCCUAGAGCUCUGCACAUAUUUGCAAUCUCAAUUUUAGUUGAUUGAGCAGUGGAUUGUCUUUUUGUGGAAGGGGUGGGGAAUCCAUUGGGCCAGCAGCUAUUCAAAAGCAUGUUGACUGCAGCUGCUAAGCUCCCUUCUUGUUCGCAACUGUGGAGGAAUUACUGCAAUAGUAGGAAUACACUACUACUGUUAGUGGAGCAGGGAAGAACAAUGGUACUGGUGACAACCACAAGUAAUGCCAGUGAGGCUGAGGCUGAGUGAGGCUAGCUUGGUUCAGGCUGAACACUGAUUCAGGCUAGCAAGAGGAUUUGAGCAAAAGUAGUGAAGGCAUGUGCCAUCUCAUAGCUUCCAGUGCUUGGAUUAUGUGAUCCAUUGCUUUUAAAACUGCUGCUUUUUUAUUUUUUACUGCUGCUUGUUUUGUGUGUUUAGUUUGUUCUGAUUUUAGGUUUCAUUUUGCGCCAUGUUGGUUUUGUGUAAGCCUCUAUAUGCCCUUUUGGAUAAAGGUAUGGCAUACAUUUAUAAUCAGUCAUAAUAAUAACUUUGCACACAUAUACAGCUGUCCACAUGAGGAUGAAAAUUAAAGAAACUGGAUUUCUGAUGCACUGGUCCCCAGAGUUAAUAUCUGAGUUUCAUCUCUCCCCACUCAUUUGUGACUAUGUUUUUUUAAAAAAAAACCACAGAAAUUUUAAUUAAAUGCAUGACUUGCACAACUGUGUUUGUUUACACAGCACCACUAUUUGGUAGAGCAUGAGACUCUUAAUCUCAGGUCCAUGGGUUUGAGCCCCAUGUUGGGCCACAGAUUCCUGCAUUGCAGGGGUUGGACUAGAUGCCCCUUGUGGCCCCUUCCAACUCUGCUAUGCUAUGCUUCUAUGAUUCUAAAAUCAGAUUGUGCAUAUUUACAUAGCUACCAAACACUUUCCCCAAGGCAUCAUCUUUUGUGUCUAGAAGAUAAUCUGACACUUAUUUUGGUGAAUGAGUGAAGCAAAACAAAUCCUGUCAAAUAUACUUUUUAUUUUUAUUCAUGAUCCCCAGCAUAAUAUAUAGCAUUGAUAAAACAUGUCAGUACAGUAAUUCCUCGAGGUAGACAGUGUCCCAUACAGCUCUGUGAGAAUGAACAAACACACAAAAUACUGUGGGUGAAAAGGCUAGCUAGAAUUUAAAACAAAUGACUCUCCUAGUUAUUCAAACUUCUGGUAAUGACGUGUAUACUUUGCAUCUCUCCCAAGCUGUUCAGAUGAAUCAGGUUGUAGUGUGUUGGCAAUCUGGGUGUGGAUUUCAAGAGCAAAGGGAACUCUUUACAUUAGAAAUAUGGGAUACGUAUUCACAAGCUCUUCAAAAUUGCUUCUACUGUUCCAGUUCUGUCUCAGCUAACCUCCUCUGCUAACUGCUAGCACACCCCUCUUUUGAAGAAUCGGAUCAUUCCUUCCAGGCAGUUAAGAAAGAUCUGUUGCAUUUUACUGUGUUGCAGGCCUCAGAGAGCCAGAAUCACUGAAAUAUACACAGCAUCUGAUCUGCAGGGCUUUGUUUGUUUACAGAUGUGUGUAUUUUGUGUUUGUGUGUGUGCGUGCGCACACACACACACACAACUAGUCUUAAAACAACAGAUGUCCUGUUCAUGAACUUAACUAGUCCGAAUACAUAAUUUAGCAGGCAAUGGGUAGCUAAGCUGGCAAUAUUAUUAUUCCUAACAGUGUCCAGGGAAUCCUUUGUGCAGGAGGAUGUCAAAAUGCUGCUGUAUUCCAGUCUCCUUUCUAGCUCACCCACAUUCAGAUUGCUCUGCUCAGCAAAGUGACCUCAUGCUCUUUGUAGAGGGGGCGCUUUUCCAUUGCAGGCUGAUCCUGUGUAAACAGAGCAGUGCCAAUUGCCUCUUCCUGAAGUGGUGCCAGCCUUCAGGAAGUUGGAUGCAGCUUGAUGAUUAUUCACCGAAAGGCAGGCAAAAUACAGAAACAGUUGUAAAAAUACUGCCAGCACUGAAACUACCAACACGUUUUGCUGUUUCUCAGAAUGAAGACUCUCUCUUUGGACGAGAGCGUCAGAGUGGUAAUGACUGGCAGCAUGCCUUGCUGUGAUACGAAGGGGCAGAGCAGGUGCAUGCUCUUGUUGCGCAGGGAGGAUGUGUGUUUAACUGUAUUGUCUUGGGAAGAAUAGUAUAUGUUAGCUUGUCAUGGAAGGAAAAUAUUCAGUUAGGUAAGCAGAGAUGAGCUAAGCCUUCUUAAGCUGCUUACUUUGUAUUAGAGAAGCUAUAGUCAAGAGAAGACUCAUUAUUCUCUCUCUCCACAGUUAUUUCAGGAAUGCUAUUGGAAGGUAUUCUCAAUGCUAUUGGAAGGUAUUCUCAAGUUCUGGCUUCUAUUGUGCUUCCUUCUCAACUUUCAGAAGAAAAUUGUUGGCAUGCAAAGACGAAAGGUCCCCAGAUUUACAUCACAGAUAAAUGAUUCAUAGAUGACAUCACCCAUGUAAAGAGAUAGAUGCAUCGAUUAGCAUAGAUCUUUGUUCAUUCUAGGACAGGGGUGACCAACAUUGUGCCCUCUAGAUGUUAUUUGACUCUAUCAGCCCCUGUCAGAAUGACCAUUAUUCAAAGAUGAUGGGAGCUGAAGUUCAUACAACAUCUGAAGGGCAUCCAUUGGGUAUCCCUGUCUUAGGAAUGACCGAAACAUAUCCAUCUGUUUUAACUAGUGAGUGAGAAUGUUCCAAGACCUGUGAGAAGUAUCAUGAAGCACAGUUGAUUUAAUGUUUGAAAAAGCAGCUAGCCAAGGAGCGACUGCAAUUUUAGAUGACAAUGUUCAUUCAAGUUGGUAUAAACUGGUUGCUUUGAGAUCACUUUUCAGCCUCCAGUGCAACACUCCCAAACACUAUGAAUAUAGCAUUUUUAAAAAGAAGGCCAUUUCCUUUUAUUUUUAAAUGAAAUGCAUAUUUCUCAGUCAUUAAGUCUGUAAUUCUUUGUGCAUUUACUUUGGAAGAAGCUCUGCUAGAGGGACUUACUCCUGAAUAAACAUGCACAAGAUUGUUCUACACAAGUAGGGAUUGUGGGCCAAGUUUCAAAAGUGCAACUAUGAAUAGUAUUUUCCAAGGUACAAAGUUUUGCGGAUCAAGUGUUGGCAAAAAUAGUAUCCCUGCAAUGGGAUGUCUACACUGGAGGAGGGGGAAAGCACACUGGGGAAUCUUACAUGAAUUGUAAAAAAGUCUAGAAAGGAUAGACAUUAUAUUGAAAGUACUGUUUACUGUAAAGAGCUUUAAAUUUACUUGCUGUGAAUUGCUGUGCUUGAAUAAUUUGUGCAUGGUCUGGAGACACACAUGAUACGGCCACCUUGCUGAAGCUUAGCAGGUUUGGGUCUGGUCAGCAAAUGAAUGGGAGAGCCCUGUUAGCUGCCACAACAAAAUGUUAAACAAAAUAAUAAAGUGUGCAGUAGUCUUGGAAUGGCGUCUUUAGAGGAGGACAUUGAUUUGGUCAAGAUUAUGAUGCUUGGAGUGCUGACAACAAUUGUUGAAUUGCACAGCUUAAAUAUCCUUCAGGCAAAAGUGACCCAUGGUCACUGUAGACAGUGGACAGAUUUGAACUAAUGAACCAGAGGUAAAUGGAUCUAGAUCCCAUUACAAAGCCACUGUUCAGUCCCCCUCAUUAACAUUUGAGUGGCAGAAGCUCAAAUGAUUUAUUUCAUUAAUAGUCAUGAAACUAAUUACACUGAAGUGCAUCUGUUAGUAGCAGAAGAGGCUGAUUUUGUCCUGCAAAAUAAAUUCUCUCUCAUUAGGUAAAUGUUACCUUUUUAAAAAGCAAAGAGUGACUAAUUUCAAAAACAAAAGCUCAUUGUAGUUCAUGAAAGAGACAGGACUCAUUUAAACAUUGAUCUGGAAGUGUGUUUUAAAUAUAGAGUGCCAGGUUUGAAUUGCUUUUAAUGCAAUCAUUUAAAUAAAUCAUCAGAAAUGUGUAUGCAGAUAUAACGCAGCUAGACCUUUCUUCAUUUCAUCCCCUGUUAGCAUUUGCAACAUAUUACAGAGUCCAUAUCACAUUAUCCUUACUCCUGUUCACAACAAAGGGCAUUUUCAGAUGUUCUAUAGAUGCAGGAGAGAAAGCACAAAUUACAUUUAUGUCAUAUUGUCUGUGGAACAUAUAAAAUGAGUGUGUGUGUGUUUUCCACACAGUAAGAUGCAUGGACUGUAUUAUGCAUUUCUGAAACUUUCCUAUCUUUCCCCAAAGCAGCUCUGCAAGUCCCUCCUUCAACAUUGGAGACUCAAACAUAAGGCCAAAUUGCUUCUGCUUCCUCUUGCAGCAAUUCAUUAUAACAUCUGAAGCUGCAAAGCAUUAUUCUAGAUCUGUCAAUACUUCUUGCAAGCCUUAAGCAGAAAUGAAUCAGAAAUGUGAUGGGCAGGAAGCAGAUGCUAAUUCCAAGACUACCCAGAUACCCCACCCAAGACCACUCAGACACCCCACCCUUGCAAGGUGGUAGAGGAGUCUAGCUCUCCCAUGUGUUCAGCACUCCUUCCAGUUGGUGUCAUGAGCUGAAACUUCCUCCUUUUUAAAAAAGCACCCUGGAAAAUUGGAAGCACCAUGAUUCAGUAAUAACACCAGGGUGGCCCACACAAAAUCAACUCAUUUUGCUGGACACUUUGCUGAAAUGUAACAGGGAGCAGCUUCUGGUCCAAAGUCACAAUAAAAAAAAUAUCAUUGAUAAUUUACUCACAGACAUAGCAUAAAAAUAGAUGAGCUUUGGCCUUACAACUUAAUUUAAAGAAAGAGUGAGAGGGGGGAAGGUUAAUCAUGAGGGCAUGAGAAAGUGUAGUAGGUCAAUGCUUGAUGGCGUGGGUAUACGUUUUAUACAGGACAGCCUGAUUUUUGCUUUUUCCAGUAAAUUGGAGGAGGAAGGUUGGCUGGGUUUGAUUGAAGUUCUAUUUUGAAACAUUUGGAGGGCGCCAGGUUGGCAAGGGUUAAUGCAGACUGGUGUGCACACUGACUGUGUUGUGUCUCGCUUGCCUUUUACUAAUAGCAGAGCUACUGUUCAUUGAGAGAGCAAAUUUAAUUUGGGUAGGAUGGGAAAUGACACUGUUGCAAAUGGGAUAACUGUAUCAGAAACAGGAGAGCAGUAACAUUACAUCCUGGUCAGUUUGCUACUGUAGCCAUAAAAAGAUACAUUUUGUUUUGUUUGGCACACCAUUCAGUCCCUCAGAAAGCUAAGGGUGUGGGGAAAGUAGUUACUGUAACCAAAUAUUUGCAACCAAGGCUGUUCAUGUCCCUAUCCAUCCUAUGACCCCCAACCAAUUAUACUGAUUCGCCCUGUACUGCCUGGGGGCCAAGGCCCACUUAACCCCUCCUGGAUCUGUUCCUGAAGCAGUUUGUGGGUAGGGGUCAGGGUGAGGGUUUCCAAAGCCUCUCCAGAUUCAGGGGUUAUGGAGAACUAAAGCUGAGUAUCAUCAGCACGCUGGUGGCAUCUCACCCCAAAAUGCCUCAUGACAGCAAACAGCAUUGGAGAUAAGAAACAAACACCUAUAAUUAAAACAGUAAAAGAACCUAUUUAAAAAAAUAAAAUACAAAUACCCAUAAUUAAAAUAUGGGGGAAAGUCCAAUUAAGUCAACACAGCAAUUAAAACAGGAGACUUGGGUUAAGAGAUUUUUCAUCCUUUGCACUUCCUCAGAUGAAAUCUAUGCCAGUGCUGAUGAAAGAUCCAUAAUGAUAAUGUAUCCCUCUGUGAAUCACUCUUGGGCUGGAUUUGGAUGACACAGUAAGCCAGAGGUAGCCAAUGUGGGUGUUGUUAGACUCCAACUCUCAUCAUCGCUGUCCUUUGGCAAAGCUGGUUGGGGCUGAUUGGAGUUGUUGUCCAUCAAUAUCUGAAGGGUACCAUGUUUGCUACCCAUCUGGUAAGCCAUAAACCAUGGCUUGCCAUGAAUAAGCAGUGUGCUAAUGUGUGUUCAUUCCCGCUUCCUGAGGUGUCUGAACCCUGACUCAUGGUUUGUGUCCCUGAACAAACCACAAACUAUAAGCUCUGAUUUGAUUGCCCUGAUGAGCCAGGGUUUGUGGUGUGCUGCUUUUGCUCAUGUUAGAAGAGGAGGGCAGCAGGAGUGAAUCAUCAGUAUGCACUGGGCAUGCUGCUCCUUCGCAGCAAACCAUAGUUUGUGGCUUACCAUAUCAUCUGAAUUCAAAUUCUGUCCAAUAUCUGACUUGGGUGAGCCAGUUCUGAUGUAGGAUAUCUAGCCUGAAAAAUCAAACCACUGGAACACUGGAGCAGUUAUGACAGUGCAAACUUUUUAUAACCUCGCAAUCUCAAAAGAUGCAUGAAUGUGAAAAACCAGGGUAAUCCCUCAGUUGGAUUGGUCCCUUCUGGAGACUGUUUAGAGAGAAACUGAAUAGUAUCUCUUUUACAGCUAGACACAUCCCUGGCACUUGGCCUACACAGGUAAUAGGAGCUGAGUCGCUGUGAUUUCCAAUGAACACAAUGAGCAUCAGUCUCCCCUGAGAACACAGUCAAUAAUUUGGAGAUAUCCCUUAACACUGUUUGGCUAGCACUGUUUUACUUGUUGCAUAGUUUAAGUAGAUCACAAUUGGAAAUGCAGGGUUCCCCUGUCUGUAACAUUAUAUUCUUUGAUAUAGUGGUAUAUAAACUAGAACCUGCCCAGAAGCUCCACUGUUAAAUUUUUCAUGGAACUUUGUGUGGUCUUUGGGAAGGGGCUCUGAAAAAGCAAUACAUCCUCAGAGAUGGGAGAAGUUAUGAUUGAUUUAUUUUUUGCAACAGUUUUACCUGAAAAGCUGCUGUUUGUUUUUUAAAAAUAACAUAUUUUUUAAUUCAAUCAAUCUUUGUUGUUACAAUCACAGAUCAGCCACUAAAUGACAAUCAAACAAACACCGUUUUAAAGUGCAUAAGAGAGCAAAAGACAAUUUGGAAUUAACUGCACGGCAAAGAGCUAGGAUAUGUGUGUGUGGUGUCAUACAUUCACAUUCACACUAGAAUGAGGCUGUUGAGUGCUAGGUAGCAGCACUCCACCAGAACAACAACCAUGCCUUCUAUGAACCCCCUUCUAUGGGGGUUAUGUUCUGGACCCCCACAUGCGUCAGCGUUCCUCCCCUUUAGCAACAUUUUAGUGAUGUUUUUUGGUCACUUCCGGGUUCAGCACAUGCACAAUCACACAUCAGACAUGUGUAAAUCAGUUGUUGCCUAUAAUACACAACUCAAACACAUUUAACUUGUGUGCAUUCAAAUUUUCGUGCUUAGCAAAAAUAAAUGGAAAAGGGAGUGGGCUUCCGGGGGGAAAGGCUUUGGCAACUCCACCUUCCAUUGCACCCAAUGUGUUUUGUCUUUAUGCAAUUUCAGUUUUAUGCACUAUCCCUGGAAUGUAGCCCCCACAUAAGUUGAGAGUCACCUGUAGGAUCAUUUCUGGGUGGCUUGUUGAAGGGGGAAAUGGUCACAGGGGAAGGUGGUUGGACAGACAGAUAAUGAGAAGAAACUGCCAUCACUGUUUUUGGCCCCUAUCAUAUCUACAAACAUGUGCAUAUAGGAAGCUGCCUCAUACCAAAUAAGACUCUCAGUCCAUCCAGCUCAGUAUUGUCUAAACUGAGUAGCAGUAGCUUUGCAGAGUUGCAGGCAGGGGUCUCACCCAGCCCUACCUGGAGAUGCCAGGGACUGGAAUGGAGAUCUUCUUUAUGCAAAGCAAAUACUCCACCACUGCUCUGCAGCCCUCCACAAAAUGUGUUUGAGAAAUUCAAGGCCACCUCUGCAGCAGCCAGCCCCAUUGUGUAUGCGUAAGGGGGGGAGGAGAGAAACUUCUCAGAAAGCAGUGGAACCACCCCAGUUUUCUUGGCUGGAUCCUGCAAGCACCUUGAAGUGGCCCAAGUGAUGCCAAGGAGAUAGGAAGUGUUAAUAGUAAGCUAAGUUAGGAUAGGGCAGAACUGAGCAUGACACAGCUCUGCUGCGGCAUGAAGAGAUCAUUGAUGCGAUAACUCCAAAAACUCCUACGUAGCCUGCGGGGCUGACAAUUAAUUGUUCAGUCAUCCAAGUUUCUGUGUUCCUGCAGCAACCCUCUAGGUUUGGACUGUUAACUUGCACAUUUUCCACCUCACCUCGAUGCGUGUAAAUACACAAGCAUACAGAAAAAGCUCUGUGAGGUUAGGUUGCAGCUAAAUAUAUUUGGAAACGAUGUGAACUGUAUAUGUAAAGCCAUGUGUAUGUACUUGUAGUCAUGACCUAGAGUGACCUGACCUAAGGGUGAAUGAAUAGUUCCUUUAAUUUUUCUUUCUGUAGUCUUUUGUGAUUACUGAACGGUACAUUGACCAGAGACUUGCCUGCUACAUUCAGAUAGAAUAUUAUACCUUACUAGAGGACACAUUUUUAUGAUAGUUCAUACUAAGAGCAGCUGGGGACAUCAGAUGAGAGAGAUUACAUAGCCAGCCUCCAAACCUUCCAGCCUGUAGUUAACACCCAAGUCUUGAAAUAACUUGUGCAGACCUAACCCAUUCCCAUGGGGAAAAAAUGGGACUUAUUCAAAAUAAAGCAAACAUGAACAUCAUGAACUGAACAAAUCUGUGGCCGGGUCAUAUACUUUAUCCACUGCAGCCCAUUUGAGCAUAUAGUUAGGGUUCUUCAUGCUCAGCUAAACAAGUUCUCUGGAUAAUUCACUUACAGGUGCUAUUCAAGCUUCCUUGUAAAACACAUUGCAGACAACCUUUUCAUCAUGAGCUUGAGGCUGCCAGGAGCAACCAGGUGCACCAACCUUCUCUCAGCUUUGAGACCAAGGGCAAUAAUGCCUUUAAAGAGGGCAGAUCUGCACCAGAGAAAUGCCCAGCCACUGCAGCCCAGUACCACCAGAGUUGCCACUAUAAGGGCCACCACUCUCAUCUAACAGCACUCUUGCCCUCCGUUGAAAAUAAUGGUCUGUGAGCUGAGUUACAUAAUAAUAAAUCAAGCAGUUUUAUAUUUUGUACCUUAAUUGCACCUCUGCUACAAUCUCUGCACAGCCACAAACAUUUGGGCAGUCUUCUUUAAAGAGUGACAAUUUUUCUGCUUUUUUUUUUAUAAUGGAGCUUAAAUAUCACCUUAGUGUUGUGUGUCUUGGGCUUUUACCUUUCUUCAUCUAGGCACGAAGGACAUGUUAAACCUUCACAGCUGUGGGAACAUGACUUACAGGAACUUUCUGUUGCUGGGAAGAAAUUGUAAGUGGGAUGAGGGAAGCAAUGAGUUGCAUCACCGCUUCACCCUGAAGGAUGAGCCACACCUAACUGUUAGGGCAAGAACAGUUAUGUCAUUCUUAUUUAUGUUUGAAAUAUCUGGAGAGCACCAGGUUGGGGAAGUGGAAGUAGUUCUUGUACUUAAACUUGCUAUUCAAAUACAGUUUGUCAUUAAACUUGCUAUUCAAAUACAGUUGAUUACUUAUUUUGGAGUGGAAACUAAAAUGUAUGGGUGUGUGUCAUAUUUGGAUGAAUCCUGUGUCAAGGCCUUGGAGGGAUUUUGGACUUGUCAGAGGUGAAACACGUUCAGUACAAGUCUGCAUGAGUCAAAACACAGGUCUUUGAUCCAGGCAUCUUAAAAAAUGCUGCGGACAACACUCUGCUAAAUGCAAAAGUGAUGUCUCUAAGCUUACUAUACAAGGAAUGAUGUUGGAGUAGAGUGUUAGGGGAGGGGAGAACAAACACCAAUGUGGGAAGAGGGAAAGCUCUGUUGUGAUUGACAGGUAAAAUUUUAUUUAAGGGGAGUGGUUUUAUUCAGAAGAAAAAUCCCCUUUGGUUCUUCCCUUCAAAAAUCAGCUUCAAAUGUGCCAUGGCUUUUUGUUUGUGACUUGGCUGGUUCCUUACCCACCACACCUCUCUCAUGUCUACAAUUUUCAGAGCAAUUGCCAACUAAACACUGGGGGAAAUUAAGUGAUACAUUUCUUAUUUACUUCCAAACUGAAUUGACUACCCUUGCAGAAAAGCCACUACAGCUAUCCUUCUCAAAGUCAGCAAGAUACACGACCUCAGAAGAGUGACAUUGCCAGCAAAUUUUAUCCAAUUCUGUCCCUUUCCUCAAAAAGCAAUUCCUCAAAAAGCAAUUCUUUCCUCAAAAUGGGUAUAGGGCUGUCCAUUUCUCCCCUUCCAAAAACCCAAACUUUAAGGGGCCAACCACAAAAGAGCCAGGACAUAUUUGCCUGUAGAUUGGAGGGGCUACUAUGCCUUCAAAUUUCACCAAUUUCUGUAAAAAGAAAAGUAAACCAUUGUUUUGAUCUCCCAAUAGCUCAGGGCAUGAAGCAGACUCAGAUGGGGCCAAAUUGGGCAGCCUACAAAGCCUCUCAGGCUGGGGCAGGCUAUUUUCCAAAGCACCAGAUUAGGGUAUGAACAGCUUCUAGUGGUCAGUGCACAACCCCACAUUGUUCCUGCCUGACCAUCACACUUCAUAAUCAUUACCCUCUUUUCACCUAUUUUACUUGUGUCUGCAUACGUGUUUGGCAUCUACAAGUAUAUCCAGCUUCAGGAGAGCAGCAAAUGAAGUUGCAGCUUUAAUUUUCUUUACUGAAGUUGAUACAUAUGGCAAUUUGCCUUUGCUCACCAGAAGCCCUCUGAAAGAAGCAGCAGCAGAUAUAUUAGGUGCAAUUGCAAUUUUACUUGCUUAAAGGUACAGAAUGCCAGCAGGGAAAAAUGUUAAUCACUUUUACAAACUACUGAGGCAAACUGCCUAGGCAUGAAAACAGCAAGCAUGCAGUACCAAUCAUUUGUGUGAAUGGGGGAAGUGAUGGAGGAUUUUCAUCACUCCUUUGGGUCUGGUAAAUGUUCCUCUUAUGAGACCUAUACCCAAGGUUUUCCAUGAGCAUUGUGGGCAUUUCAGCUUCCUGAACAGUGAUGUAGCGGUGAAUUUUUAAAAGCAGGAGCUCCCCAUCACCCUAGCCACACUCCCAAUAAGACUUCAGAAAUGCAAGCUGCUGUGUUUAUCUGUCACACACACAUGCAUCUCAAAUAGUAGUAGUACAUAGCACAAUGCCAAAAAUGUUAGUAAUCACUAUGACUGCAAUCCUAUACAGUGGUACCUCGGGUUACAUACACUUCAGGUUACAGAUUCCGCUAACCCAGAAAUAGUACCUCAGGUUAAGAACUUUACUUCAGGAUGAGAACAGAAAUUGUGCAGUGGCAGCGUGGCAGCAGCAGGAGGCCCCAUUAGCUAAAGUGGUACCUCAGGUUAAGAACAGUUUCAGGUUAAGAAAGGACCUCCAGAACGAAUUAAGUUCUUAACCCAAGGUACCACUGUACACGGUCACCUGGGGAAAGAUCUCAGUGGUGAUUUUUUCUGAAUAUGUGGGUGCAAUUUGUCAAACACAGAGAACUUUAACAAAGUAUCUACUGCUAGUUGAAAUGCAACCAACUUCCUCUAUGUUAGGUCCCAUCUGCACUAUGCAUUUAAAGCAGUAUCAUAUCACUUCAAAGAGUCAUGGCUUCCCUCAAAGAAUCCUGGGAACAAUAGUUUGUUAAGAGUGCUGAGAGUUGUUAGGGGACCCCUAGUCCCGCCCAAAAAAGUAACAAUUCCCAGAGUUUCCUGGGAAGAGGUAUUGUUAAACCAUUCUGGAAAUUGCAGCUCUGUGAGGGGCAUAUGAGUCUCUUAUUCCAACCUGAAAACAAACUUAAAAGCCUCAUUAUCACUUCAUUCACUUCCCAGAACAAAAUGGGUUCAUAGAUUUCUCUGGUGCUUUGACAAAUGACCUCAUCACUCCUGCUCUUCAGUAAGUCUUGGAGCCAUGUUCACCUGCUCCCCACCCCCACUACAUCACUGUACCUAUGUAAAGCCACAGAGUGUGGACUUCAGAGUCUGAAUACAGAUUUGCUAAAUGGUCACUUAUCUGUAGGCUCAUUGAGAAGACUAUCUCCAUCACUUAAAAAAAAAUCUUUGCCAUCACAAACACACACACAGAAGGAGAGAGGGGGGAGGGAGGGACUUGAUUCAUGGUGUAGUCAAUAGUGUCAAGUAAUAUGGACAGGCUAGGCUGGUAAUUUAGGGACACAGAAAGCUUCCUUAUAACAAACCAGAUCAUUGGUCCAUCUGAGUAUUUGGAAGAUAAGGCUAUGAAUGCUCUGCCUUCAUGUUUGAAGGCAGUAAUGCAUAUCAGUUGCUGGAAACCACAGGAGAGUACUCUUGUACUCAGGUCCAGCUUGAGAAUUUCCCACGGGAAUCUGAGUGGCCACUGUGAGAACAGGAUGUUAGACUAGAUGCACCAUUGGCCUAAUAGUAAUAAUAAUAAUAAUAAUAAUAAUAAUAAUAAUAAUAAUAAUAUAUUUAUACCCCACCCAUCUAGCUGGGUUUCCCCAGCCACUCUGGGUGGCUUCCAACAAAAUAUUAAAACACAGUGGUCUGUUAAACAUUAAAAGCUUCCCUAAACAGGGCUGACUUCAGAUGUCUUCUAAAAGUCUGGCAGUCGUUCUUCUCUUUGACAUCUGGUGGGAGGGCAUUCCACAGGGCGGGCGCCACUACCGAGAAGGCCCUCUGCCUGGUUCCCUAUAACUUGGCUUCUCAAAGUGAGGGAACCGCCAGAAGGCCCUCGGAGCUGGACCUCAGUGUCCGGGCAGAACGAUGGGGGUGGAGAUGCUCCUCCUCCUCCUCCUCCUGCUUUUACGUCUACAGUGGCUGGCUGCCCUGCCCCUAUGUGGAGAAGCUGGAGAUUAAGCCAAAGAUAUUUUGCCUGUCACAUAUAUGCUUAGGAUUUUCAUAAACCCAAAAAGCUUCUCUUGUCUUUAUAGUUUCAUUUGCUCGUUUUCUUGGCUUAAUGCUGUUUAAAAGAGUUAACAUGGAGUCCUGGUUUUAUCUUCCAGUUGUGGCUCAUUUCAAGGUGAUUUGGGGACUUGUGGUAAUAACCAUACAUGACAACGUACCCACGCUGGUCUGUUUCUUCAGAAACAACAGAGAGCCCUGUGGCACCUGAAAGACUAAUGAUUUUACCGUGACACAAGCUUUCAUAGCCCUUCCUGGACAUGCCCUUCCUGGACUUUGCAGCAUAGGAUGUAAUUAAGGAGGUCAUUUGUGCUAUGUAGUUGUACAGGGUUUUCCCCUAUUAUAUAUUCUCAUUGCUGCAGGGUUCAAGGAAGUACUUGACUUUCCCCCCCCACAUGGUUAAAUGUUUACAUAGUAAGCUGCCUUACACUGAAUCAUACCAUUGCCCUACAUAGCUCAGUACAGUGGGACCUUGGUUCUCAAAUGUCUUGGUACUCAAACAACUUGGAACCCAAACACUGCAAACCUGGAAGUAAGUGUUCCGGUUUGCGAACCUUUUCUGGAAGCCGAACGUGCUCCGUUUUGAGUGUUACGCUUCCAAUUUGAGUACCACAAUUCCAUUUUGAGUGUUACGCUGAGGUCUGUCUGUUUUUGCUAUUUAUUUUGCGUUUUUGUUUUUGCGGCUUUUUUGUUUUGUUUUUGUGACUGUGUGGAACCCAGUUCAGCUACUGGUUGAUUGAUUGUGUGACUGCAGUAAUUAUUUAUUGCUUUCAUUUUAUGGAUCAAUAGUCUCGUUAGAUAGUAAAAUUCACGUUAAAUUGCUGUUUUAGGGGUUGUUUUUAAAAGUCUGGAAUGGAUUGAUCCAUUUUGCAUUACUUUCUAUGGGAAAGCGUGCCUUCGUUUUGGAAUGCUUUGGUUUUGGAAUGGACUUCUGGAAUGGAUUAAGUUUGAGAACCAAGGUACCACUGUACUGUCUAUGCUGAAUGGCAGCAGUACUCUGGAAUUUGAAAUGGGGUUAUUCCCAGCCCUACAUGGGAGUUGCUGAAGAUUGUACCUGGAACCUUUUGCAUGUUAACAAGACGCUCUGUCUUUGAACUAUGACCCUUACACCACUUCCUUCCAUCUUUUAGAAGCAUGCCAAAAUGUUGGUGUCUAUAUUAUGAACUUGGCUUUCUGCCAUCUGAAGCUGGUUUUUUCUUUUCUGACAAAUCUUGUAGCUUAGUGUGUAGGAUUGUUGCCACAUUCCAUGUUGCUACAGCACCUUUCUUAUUGCAGCCUUUCUUUUCUUUUCUCCAUUUAGGUCACUCUUCCUCAGCCUAGUGCCCUCCAGCUGUUUUGGACUUCAAUUCCCAUUAGCCAGUGCUGGAGGAGCUGGUGGGAGUUGUAUUCCAAAACAGCUGAAGGGCACCAGCUUGGGGAAGGUGCACCACAAACAUAAUCAGAAAAGUUCAAGUUAGCCUAAUGCGUCAGCAGCCAAUGUCAUGCCCUACAGAUGUUGUUGGAUGAGCAAGGGAUGAUGGCAGUUGUAGGUCAACAACAUCUGGAGGGCAUACCUUGACUCACCUUCCCUAGUUUUGGAUAAUUCCCCUUUUUCAUUCCUUUCAUUCCAAAUGAGAGGUGGCUUUUGACAGGGCAGAAAGCAAGUUCCAGGUUUAAAGGUUUAGAUUUUAUAUGCAACAAAUAAUAUAGCAAGCAACAACCAAUCACUGCCUUCUCCUAUUAGUGCAAAUGUGCUCGUUGUUUUUCAGUUCCCAUGACUCAAAUUGCCUAUUGGCUCAGACUGUCUGCAGCUAUCCCAGUAGGCUUAACUCUGCCCCAGAUGGGCCCACUCUGUGUUGUUUCUGUUGUUUCAACCGUGUCCUGGAACCCUGCUGGCUACUCCAGUUCUGUAGAACUGUGUUGCUGUCUGUAAGCCAAUUACAGUAACCACAGCCUCUUUUAGGUUCAGCUGAACAGACUAGGUCAAGAGUUCACGAAUUAAUCAGUUUGUUUAAGCACAUUAGCAUAACGCAUUUAGCAAUAAGAGGCUAAUAAAAGCACAUACAAAGCAAACUAUACCUCUCAUGUAGAUCAUUGUCUCUCUGGGUUAGGCAGAUUGUAUGGAUUUUUUUACUCCAGGAGCAGAGAACAUUGAUGGAUCAGGUCUUCUCAGACAUCCAAGGUCCUCUUUGCUCUUCAUGUUCACAGUGGUGGAGACAGCAGAGCAGAGCCAUCCUUGCUUCUUCUUUUUUAUGAUGAUGGCUCCUCUGUGUCUCUUUGGCUCUCUGUCCUGGGCUCCAGGCUUGGUGAGUUCCUGUAGACAACCAAAGAAAAAUCUCAUAUAGUCCAAUGUAAACGUGUACAAAAAUCAGCAGCGAUUUCCCCUUGCAACAGGUUUCACAGUUGAGACUGAGCAGUGACUGGGUAGCUUUUGCCAUCCUGGUUGUCCAAGACAUGCGCCUUGGCACAUUUCUUUGUACUUUCCAUAUGUACUUUUCAACUACAGGCAUUUAUUCAUGCAUUAGCUAAAGCAUCCAAGUUAACUCAGGUGUUUCCUGCAGAGGGGUGCUAUGAGAAUGGACCUCGCACCUUUGAUAGUUUAACCACAAAUUUAACUUAACUCGUUACAACAUCAUACCUGCAGUCCAGAAAGCAGGCAAUCAAACCUCAGAGGAUUUCCCGAUCCCCAGAGUUCUACAUGGUCAUUUAUGCUUAGAACCAUGCUUUCAGAUCCUGGGGAUUUGUGGGUUCCAGAAUCAUUGCACCCCUUUCCAGUUUUUCUUGAAAUAAAUUAAACAUGCUUUUUAAAAAUAGUUUUUAGGAGGCAGUUCCACUCAUCACAAGCUUUCUGAGUGUGAAGGAGCACAUGCUGCAGACUUCACCAAGGGUUACUCUGACAUUUUAUGCUGUUUGAAGCUUGUGGGCCAAUGGUUGCACACACUAUCCAAGCAUUGUUCUUCUGCUUGUCUGCCACAAUCAUUGUUCUUGGUCGUCAUGUCAUUUGGCAGCUCCUUGGACAUUUUUUAAAGGCUAAUAAUUAGAACUGGUAACUGAGUAGUUGACAAGGUAAAGUGGUACCUCUAGUUACGAACUUAAUUCGUUCCGGAGUUCCGUUCUUAACCUGAAACAGUUCUUAACUAGAGGGGUGCUUUCGCUAAUGGUGGCUCUUGCUGCCGCUGUGCCACUGGCAAACGAUUUCCAUUCUCAUCCUGAGGCAAAGUUCUCAACUCGAGGUAACUCUUCCAGGUUAGCGGAGUUUAUAACUUGAAGCAUUUGUAACCUAAGGCAAUUGUAACUUGAGGUACCACUGUAUUCACAUUUUGCCACUGGUUUUGAAAUGGAGCUAAUGAGUACAAACAAGGUUGUAGACAGGGGCGUAGCUAGCUGCUUCGGCACCCGGAGCGGUGGGGUGGGGCGAUUCACCCUGGGGGGUGGUGCAGCAAGCUGCCCAUGGAGUCUGUCUGGCGGACGCAAGCCCCAUGCUGCCGUUUCGGGCAGCAUGGGGCCCUGAGCUACCACAUCACUCCCAGGAGAAAAGUGUGGCUUGGGCACACUUCAGGCCAGGCCCUGCAGUAAGUGCCACCCCCCACGGUGUGCCAUUUUGUCACACACACCCUCAAGGAUGGCACCGGGGGAGGACCGCAACCCCACCCCACCCCUUCCUAUGCCCCUUGUUAUAGAUCUCUCUGGGAGACUUGAUAAGUACAGGGUUUCCCCACCCCCAAUUCAGACUUUCACCCUAAAAACUUGUGGAGAACUGUAAAUGGUGUGAAAGUGAUGGGUGGGGUGCCUGGCAGUGUGCCUCAGAUCCCCCUCAUGUUUUCGUUUACACAUGGAUAGAUUUGGGUUUACACCCAAAAAGGAUGAAGGAAUAAUGUGGUAUAAUGAAUUUACUUCAUUCCCUCCUAACUUCACAACAGCCACACUAGAAAUGACAUUAUUUUAGUAUUGCUGUAUUUAUACACAAAAUGUAAAUAGCAUUGCUCACCCAUGAAGAAAAUUCUGAAAUCCAUAUUUGGACAAUACCUUAAUUAGAUUAACCAAAAUGUCACUAGGCUUGAUGGUAAAGGGAUAGGACCGGGGGCUGGGGUGGGGUGGGGGUGUUGUUUAAAUGUUGGAGCCAUGACAACUGCAUUUGUUCAUUUAUAAUAGUUGCAUUCCAAGAUGGAAUAUGGGAGGAGCUAGCAAACAUUCAAAUGAGGCUCUUUCUGUGCCUCCCUUACUCUGCUCAUCUAGCCCAGGUGUGGACAAUCUGUGGUCCUCCCUAUGUUGAGCUACAACUCCCAUCAGCCUGAGUAAGUGUAGUCAGUGCCCAGGGAUGAUGCCAGAUAUACAGCAACAUUUGAAGAGCCCAAGGUUCCUCACACCUGAUUUAGCCCCAUGAAGAAUUUUGGAGAAUUCGAAAGCUUACACACCAUCUUAUGACAUUUUUGGUCAUUGCCAUUUCCAGCAUAGCUACAAAUAAAUAAGAACAAUUUUAAAAAUCUAACAACACUUUAAAGUUCAAGGAAUUGUUUUUAAACAAUCAUUGCAGCUGGGAAUCAUGUAAUAAUGGCAUCUUGUCAUGAUGCCAGUGAAAUUACAUGCCUAAGUAAAAUGUACAGAUUCAUCAAUGUCUUCCUUUUCAAGGCACAUUAUGUGAUACAAUUAGUACAGCAGGAGCAUUUGACCUCACAAGCUCUUAUUUAAAGCUAUUAACUAGUUAUAUGCUUACUUUUCCUUAAAAAAAAUAGCAUUGAUUGAACAAUAAAAAUGAACUGUUAAUUCAGUCAGUCAUUUAUUUGCUUAAAACCAAAGGUCAGCACUAAAAUGCACAAGGCCCAGUUCCCAGUAUAAAAUAUUAAUGUUAUUAAUUCAUUGGACGAGAACCAGAAAAUGCAAAAAUUGCAAAAAUGCAUUCGAACACUGUAAACAACAUUCUAUUAAAGAAAUAAAUAGAAGUCCACCAUUAACAAAAUAUAGUGUUGCCAAUGCAAGUGGCUUAUUCUGUGAGUAGAAAGCCAAUUCCAUACAAGUUGAGUUUCCCCACCCCCAAAUCUACAUUUUUUUCUCUUGUUGCAGCCCCAGCAUACCAUUCUGGAGGCCCCUAACCCUGACCAUUAAAAACAGGAUUUCAGAAGCCUACAGUUGGAGAAAGGGCAAGAAAGCCUUGUGUGAAUAGAACUCCUCUGACAGGGUAAUAAGGAGCAGGGCCUAACAAAAUGAUGAAAACUUUUAAUCCAGGGCAGGAUAAUAAUGGACCAAUUUUGGGUAACAUUAAAAAGUAACAUUGAUGUUAUGACAUGUCAAUACUUUAUGAACAGAUGGAAUUUUGUCACACAAUAUAUCAAUAAAGAAUUAUGAAUAUCACGCAUCGGAAUAAACUAUGUGCGAUUUUUAAGUAAAGAUGAAUUAAUUAGUACGGUAACUUGGUUACUGUUAAGCCCUCUUUUAGCGGUUAUAAAUAAGUUUUUGACUCUCAUUCUGAACAACUAUUUAUGCACUUGAUAUUGAUAAAUCUAAAUUUUACAGGUUGUUUAAAGGAAAAUACUAUGUUUAUAUCAUCUGCACAUUCACCUGUUUAUAUAUUUAUCUACAUACUUAAGAUAUUUAUAAUGUAGGCUCAAUAAUUAAAAGGACACUGACCUGUCUAUUUGUUUUCAUCCUGUUUUUCUGCAUUGCAGAAUGCAUUGCAUUGCAAUCCAUUUGCAUUGCAAAAUUUACAACCCUGGCUGUAUUCACACCAUACAUUUAAAGCACAUGACUUUCCCCCAAAGAAUUCCGGAAACUGUAAUUUGUUAAGGGUGUUGGAAGUUGUAACUUUGUGCAGAACAAUUAAAGGUAAUUUUUCUCACAACUUCUGCUCCUGAAGCUGGUUGGUUUCUUUUUUCUUUUUUACCAUAGUGGUUUUCUUAGAUCCAAAAUUACAUCUUACAUUUAUGCUCAGGUUUCUGUGCUACACAGCUAUUUAUUUAAUUUUUGUUAUAUCUUCCUUUUCUUCUACAGUAGAAUUCAAUGCAGCUAACAACACAGAAGUAUAAACAAUUCAAGCAAUCACAAAUUUUAUUGUUUGUCUGUCCACCCGACUGUCUGUUUUAUUAUAUUUAUAACCUAUAUUUCCUCCAAGGAGCUCGAGAUGGCAUACAUAGUUCUCCUCCUCCCCAUUUUGUCCUCACAAUAACCCUGUGAGGUAAGUUAGGCAGAGAGUCGGUUACUCGCUCAAAAUCACCCAGUGAGCUUCAUGGCUGAAUGGAGAUUUGAACCCUGGUCUCUCGGGGCCUUAUCUGACAAAGAAAAGUUGGGGAAAUGAUAAAAUGCUUCUGAAAAUAUAAUGUAUUAUUUUCAGUGCUGGAAUUCAUCUACUUUUCAAGCACAGGCUGUUUUGUACAGGUUGCAUUGUUUAUGUUGGCUAUUAUUUAAGUUAUAGAGACUCUUAAUAUUUAACUUACAACCCUGACAUUAAGAGUCUCAUGCUCUACCAAUUGAACUAUGGGGUGAGAAGUUAUAGGGGCCUCUAGCCCCCUAUGGAAGAGUCUUCUACUUCUGUCAGUCUUUCUUAACAAGAUAAAGCCAUCGUGGUGAAAGUCUCUAUUAAGAAGAGUUGAGGAGCAAAGAUAUUUAUUAGUCUUGCCUUAGGCACCUUCACUGACCUCAUUUUAGGUGGCAUUGUCUUCCCCUCCAACAUUGCUCUUUUCUGCAGGUUUUUUUUGGUAAGUUCCGCCUUAACCGUAUUCCCCAGAGGCUUCUGUUUCAAGGCUUGUCUUACAACAUUACUGUCUUAUUUCUGAAGCAGCAUGUAGGCAAUUUUUGGCUUCCCUUUUGCUCCCUUUUGCCUGGACCUGUGCAACUUCCCACUGAACCAACUGCUGCUCACAAGCAAUAUCUUCUGGCCUGGCAAAAGGUUUCAGCUAAACCCCAAGGUUUUGGGUUCCCCACAUUGGCAGGCAGGAAAAAAGAAGAAGAGAAGAGAAACAAGUCUUAUCAGGUUCUUUGUGGGCCCUAGAAGAAAGAUCGGAACUUAUCCAGCUUGUUAUAUACCCAACUUGUCCUCAUUUGGUAUAUUUAGGUCUGUGAGGGUGGAACCUUGAUUGACUCCAGCUACAAAAGCUGAGACUGCUGAACAGAAUAUUGGGCUGAGGUAUGGCGAGUGUUGUUGCUGUUAAAUCUUUGGAAAGUGUUCAGUUUGGUUGUGUACCUUUUGAUGUUUGGUUUAUUUUUUAUCACUACUUUUGUUAUUUUUGUAGCUAUGUAACUUUUUAUAUGUUGUAAGCCGCCUUGAGCAUGGUUUUAUUUUGGAAACAUGACAUGCAAAUAAAAUGAUUGAUUGAUUGUGCAGGUGCAGAUGGACAUACAAGUACAGUUUACAGUUUAAUGCAGGGUUGCCAUCUUUCAGAAAGUGAAAAUCCAGACACAAAAGUGUCUUAUGGGUUGCCAUAUGUCUGAAUUUUCCUGGACAUCCCAGCUAUGUCCAGGAAAUUCUGGAUGUAUGGAGGCCCAUAAGUCUAUAUUUUGGAGAAUUUCCUAAUGAUUAGGAGUUUCAGGGGGGUACCAUGGGCAGGGAAACCAAGGUGGUCAUGCACAUCAGGUGAAUAUAACCCCUCUCCAAUGUGAACAACCCCAUGCAAAUGUUGCAUGCAAUUUAUCAGGGGGGGUGACCUUGCUGCAUUUUAAGCUUCUAGUGCAGGCAUAGGCAAACUCGGCCCUCCAGAUGUUUUGGGACUACAACUCCCAUCAUCCCUAGCUAACAGGACCAGUGGUCAGGGAUGAUGGGAAUUGUAGUCCCAAAACAUCUGGAGGGCCAAGUUUGCCUAUGCCUGUGCUAGUGUGACUAUACCCUUACUUUCUUUUUAAAUGAAAGCUGAGAAUCUGGAGUUUAUGGUUCAUCUGGGGCAACUACCCCCUUCCCUUCCCCCAUGAACAGCUAUGCUUUCUGUUCAAUGAAAAUUAAUGGUUCCAGGAGACAGGGUACAGUUCACAUGACUGUAUGGAGGAUGUCUUGUUAAUUUCUAAUUUUAUCAUCUUAGUCUUUGCCCAUAAAAUUCCCUGGGCAACAAAGUUCAGAAAUCCUUAUAGAUAGACGUAGAAAAUUGAUUUGCCUUGACAAUUGCUGGCUUUAGCACUAUGUUUGUACAAAAUAUGUUAUAUGUUUCCUAACUAAUUCAUCUAGGCAUGGAUUAAUGUAGCUCCCUGUUGUACUGAAAGCUAUUACAUUUAUGGAAUGACAGUUUUUGACAUAUUUGUGGUGUUAGGAGAUUCAAGUAGCAACAUAACUUAAUGUUUGCUGUAUUGCUAGAACAGUGGUAGGCGAGGUAGAAAUUCCCACUGAAAAUACAUUGCUUCUGACAUAGCUACAAAACAACAACAAUGAUAAAAUAGGAAAUGUUAUACUUUUAUAUCUUUGGCUUUGCUUAUGUCUGCAAGGAUAAUUCAACAUUCAGUAAUAGCUGAUGGUGGCUGGUGAAUUUUGCGGUUGAUGAGAUCGCAAUUAAACAACAACAAGUAUAUUUCUCCUUUCUCCCCAAUAUCCCCUUCACCCUGUUUAAACACAGUAUUAAAAUAAAUCUGGUCAACUUGAGACCUACCUGGAACAUGUGCAUUAUCUGGGGUAGAAGCGGGCAAUGAAUCUCAGCCAGGAAGUUUGAAUCUUUUUGGUUAGGGAAGAUGAUGAAUAGGAAACUCACAUUUAAAUUCUGUACAUCUUUGACCAUGGUCUCUGCUCUUUAACAUGCAAUAGACACCUUGUUCUGGGAGUGGGGGGGCGGGGCUUGCAGACUGUCAGCAGAGAAGCUGUCAGGGUGGCUUUGUGGUAGAACUGCCUAGUCUGAUUCCCUGUGCUGGGGCACCUGCCUGUUUCCUCCUCUUCAUCAUCCUUCAAGCUCCCAGCCUCCAGUACUUCCCAGCUCUUCCCCUCUUCUGGGGUGUGGUUGGUUUCCCACCACCAGGAGUCAGGAUCCAAACCCUCCCCUUCUGUGCUUUCCCUGGAGGUCUCUUGGUCAAGCGACUUCCACAACUCCUCAUCCAGCCAGUCCCUGACGCUUGAGACCAUUGGAGGAAAGGAGGGGACAUAAAUGUAAUAAAUCCGUAGUAGGAAUUUUCAGCAGCCCUCAGAAUAGUGGAGGACUUUGAGGCUCCAAAAGUGGACUUUGCUAGUAGGGCCUCUGCCUUCAACACCUCCCCUAGAUCUGGAAUUCCUGUUUCUCUUAUUCCUCUGCUGCCUCUUUUCAAUCCUCUUUUCUCCUCUUCCCUCUCUCUCUCCCCUUGGGUGGGGUCAGGGCUUUUAUAGCCAGGUUACUGGGCCCUGCCCAAGAUCCUCCAACCCCCUUUGCCUGUUUAAUCUUUCCCUGCCUUCCUGGGGGCCUUCCCCCAAUGUUUGUUCUGUUGGACCAUAGGUGCCCUCCUUCUGGCUCUGCAGUCCUUUUCCAUAGGUGUCCACCUCUCAAGGACCACAGAACCAAAAUACACAAGGUCCCAUUUUGACCACAGAAAAUAUGCACAGCUGGAUUUUCCCCUGUUACAGAGAAGACAGGUCUUUGAUCCAAGACUACUGGAGCACAGCCAGCUCCAAGCAUUUGUCUGAUGUUGUCCAGCUCACUAUGAGCUAAUCAAUCUGUGGAUGGAGCAGGGAGGUAAAUGAGAUGGCUUUGCUGUCUGUUACAAUCCGUUGCUGUGCUGUCAGUCCACUGUGGAGAAAGGUACAGAAGGGAUUUCAAAGGGAAGCCAUCACAAUGGAUGUUAUGUGGUUUCUAAUAUAUACAGCUCAGAUGGGCUGAGCCUGGAAUUCCCUUACUUGAGUUCAAUGGAGAUUCACAUCAACUAUUAGAUGCUUAUAUUUGAAGCAACCCACAAUCUUCCAAAUAUAAUGUAAAAAUAUUUCUAUGUAUCUGUUAUGCGGCUGCAACCAUCUGUUCAUUCAAACAAAAUAUAGUUGAAUAGAAAAUAUAAACCAAUGUUGGUAGUCCACAGAAACACAUUAUUUAGCAUGUGGUAGCCAAAUAUUUUAUUUCAGGGAAGAAAAUGGUACAUCUCUGGCACAUUCCCAUAAACGUUGACACAUUUCCAUACAUUUUUGCUUUCCAUUCAUUUGCUCUUUAAGGUCAGUAUCAGCGAUGAGCCUGGAUUCUUAAACUAAUCAGAUUUUGUUAUAAACUGCAAUCCCUGCUCUGGAUAACAGAAGAAACCAAGAUUCAGAGAAAAUGGAAAUAAAUAUCUUUAAAGCCUCAUCCUGGCUCACUCAUGCUUGUGCAUGUAAUGCUAAACAAUGGUUUAGCAUGACACUGACCACAGCCAGUGCCUGGUCUAGUGUUUUUGGUACCAGUGCUAUAUGUUAUGACAUCCUUCUCCAACCUGGUGGCCUCUAGAUAAUAGCUGGACUACAAUUCCCAUCAUCCCUUACCAUUGACCAUAUUGGCUGGGGCUGAUGGGAGCUGGAAUCCAACAUCAACUGGUGGGGUUUUGGGGAAGACUGUUUUAUGAGAUUAGUAGAGUGGUGGGUCCAUAAAUUUUCUCAGUACUUUACAAAGAAUAUAAAUGAGACAUUGCUGCUGUAUCCCCUCCCUUCCAUCUGUUGUUUUGCUUGUGUCACAUGUUAGUUUGUAAGAGGGCAGGGAUCUGUGAUUUUGUACUCCAUGAACGCACACUGAUGGCACAGCAUAAAGACCUUACCUUUAUCUGUACAGUGGUACCUCGGGUUAAGUACUUAAUUCAUUCCGGAGGUCUGUACUUAACCUGAAACUGUUCUUAACCUGAAGCACCACUUUAGCUAAUGGGGCCUCCUGCUGCCACUGUGCCGCCGGAGCCCGAUUUCUGUUUUUAUCCUGAAGCAAAGUUCUUAACCUGAAGCACUAUUUCUAGGGUAGCAGAGUCUGUAACAGAAGCAUAUGUAACCCGAGGUACCACUGUACUGUAGUAUCACCCUUCCCCCCCCCAUGCUUUCAUACCCCCUCUUUCAUUUUAGGCCAUUCUUUUUCCUCUUGCUUUUUUACUCAGGUUCAUGACUCAGAAAAAGCAGUCUUUCUGAUGGAUUGGUUUUGUACCACAAUUCCCUGUUGCUCUUCAACUCUACUUGGGUGUUCUGUUUGCACGUAAUCCUUACACACAAGCAGGUUGAGUGGAGACAAGUGGGGAUGUUUCCUGUAGGGAGUGAGAAGUCUCCUCUACUCAUAGAAGUUCCCUGCAUGAUUUAAUGCCCUGCAUAACUGGGGUUCUAAAUCGUACAAUGCAGGAAUAUGCAGUUGUCUCGUACAGGGCUCAAACCUAUAACCUUUGAGAUAUCAGCACCAUGCUCUAACCAGCUGAGCUAUCCAGAUAUGUGGGAGCAUCUGCAAGCUCCCGCUGCUCAUUGAGGAUGAUGCCAGGGUAGAGUUUUGCAUGCUUCUCUCAGCCUGCCCAAUUCACGCACAAGAUUUACACCUGAACCAAAUGGAAUUUCAGGCUCUGCUACCCCAUGUAUUAUUCUUCUAUUUUUUUAAAAAAGAUAUUUAUUAAAGUUUCAACAUAUUACAAAAAUAAGCGAAAAAAGAGAAAAAAAGAGGGGGGAAAAUAGAAAAUGAAAAUACAAGAUAAAAACAGUUAAAAAACAGAUCAGUCUUUCCAUAUCUUAUCUUUCAUUUGCUUGUUUCCCUGACCUCCUCACACCUCCCUUUUUUGUAUUCCAGUUCAAAUUAGUUAAUUCAGCAAAUCCUUUCCCUCUUUGAUUUUAUCUUAAUCUUUUAUCUUAAUAUAUUAUAACUUCAGAUUAUCACCUGUUAACAAUCCAUUUUUACAUAUUCCUUUAUAACAUUGCUGCUAAAAACCACUUAACUUCAAUCCAACAUCAUUCUAACAUCCCAUGUAUUAUUCUUCUAUUGGUUGCUGUCUUUUCCUGCUCUCCUCACCUGUGAAUGACAGUAUGGAUGACUGGAUUACCAACCACUAGACUCCCACACUUUGAUGUGGUCUUCUGUAUUCACCAUAACUCUUUGUGUUUCUUUUGCUCCUUUGAACGCCAUCACUCCUUUGUUCCAUAAUGUCAUUUCCCCACAGAUUUUAGGCCUCUAUGGCCCAUUUGUAGGGUCUGCUGUUUAAAUAUCUUGCCAGGGAAGCAAAACAUUCAUUUUACUGAUCCCCAGCAAUAACGCCUUCUGUAGAUAAUGUAGACAGGCAGAUAAUGUAGAAUGUAUGACCUUUAAAAGUCAGAAAUAAGGAGCUAAUUAAAAAGUUGUGAAGUGACCUAAGAUAUAAUUAUAGAUGCUGACCUACUUAAUACAGCUUGAACACAAAGUAAUAGGGGUAAUUUGGGUGCCAUUUUCUGUUAAAUAACUACAUUGUGCCUAUAAAAAAAUAUCAAAGAACUGGGAGAGAGGUCAGGUUUCUCCAGUCUAUUAUCUUGCACUGAUGUAAGUUCUAUUUCAACAGGGAAGAAAUGGUUUUGUAAUUUUAUUCGGCUUGAUAUACAUUCACAACAGAGGUAAAGAGCCAAAGAGCUGUUUAGCUACAUGAAAGGAUUUGAGUCUGUCCUGUAGUUUUAGAUUUUAAAUAUGAGCUGUAGGUAGUUUUACUCUGCCCAUGGGCCCAGAGGAUGCCAUUGAUUGGCUAUAAACAAAUAUGACUGCUUUUAAUUGGCUUCCCUGGGGAAAUGUAAGGAUCGGCUAAACCUCAGUGUUGUGGCACCCACCAAUAGCCUACCAUCUUGCAAAGGAAGACACAAGAGGUACCUCAUGGGGCUAAGAGAAAACAGACCAGCAGAGAGCCAGCUGUGUGGGAAGUAAUCCUUCCCUGGGUGCAGUCAAAAGAGAAAGGCAGCAGCCUGAAAUGUCAGACUCCAUCCCAUCUUGUCUCUUCAUGCCAAACCCCCCCCCCCCAAUUCUUUGCUUUGAGUUUGAACUACAAAUUAGCCCUUGGCCAUGGCCUUACCAUAUGUCUGAAGCACCCUUAUAGCACUUAGAUAGCCCUGGCUUCCCCCAAGGAAUUCUGGGAACUGUAGUUUGCCAAGGGUGCCAAGAGUUGUUAGGAGACCCCUAUUCCUCUUGCAGAGCAACAGCUCCUAGAGUGGCUUUUUCAAUGGUGAUAGUACAAUAUUUAUUAAGAAAUUUGGAAUUGGUUUGUGGCAAAGAUUCCAACAAGGUGAUUUUAUUUAUUUUGACUGGAAUGGUUCGGCCAGAAUGGUGAGGGAGAAUGAACUUCAGGUUGAUAGCAGGUUGAGAGGAAAGUGGGAUCCGGAACAAGCCUCCCCAACUCUGCACCCAGUUCCCCAACCCCAGCUUCUAGAGUGGCUUAACAAUCAAUCCCUCUUCCCAGGGCACUCUGGGAAAUGUAGCUCUGUGAGGGGCUAAUUAGGACUAUGCUGGACAAGAUGGUGUUUUCUCUCAAAUGUAGAGGGGGAAAUAUGGGGGGGGCGGGACUCGUACCUCCCACAUCCCACUGGCAGAAAAGCAGCUGGGGAAGGAUGGUAGCUCAGUGAUAAAGCAUUUGAACACAGGAAGCUGUGUUAUAUUGAGCCAGACAGUUGGCCCAUCUUAAUCAGUAUUAUCCAUACUAGAGGAGGAGAAUCUCAGGGCUGGUGGCCAGUGUGGCCCUUCAGUCCUGUCUAUCUGGCCCUUGAGGCUUUCUCCAGGCCACCCUCCCUCUUUAGGCACAUCUGCUGCUCUCCUUCAUGCCCUCCUUGAGAGUUUUUGCCUGGCUGGAAUGUGUCCUUGCUUGCCUGGAGGGAGGAUAGAGAGGGGUGUUUGUGUAGAAACUAGUCUGCUAUAGAAAGGUAAAAUCAACAUCCAUUGCUUCACUUACUUUUGCUCUGGUCCUGCCCAUCACUGGUAUGUGGUCCCAGGAAGAUUGACCCUUGGGCUGAAAAAAUCCCUAGCCUACACUGACUAGCAGUAGCUUUCCAGUGUUUCAGGCAGAAGUUACCCCUCUUCCUCCAGCCCUAGCUAUUACAGUGGUACCUCUGGAUGUGAACAGGAUCCGUUCUAGAGCCCCAUUCGCAUCCUGAAGUGAACGUAACACGUGACUGUGCAUCUGUGCACGCGCGGGUUGUGUUUCACCGCUUCCGCGCAUGUGUCUGCAUGAGUGUCUGCGUGAGUGGCGAAACCCAGAAGUAAUGCAUUCCAUUACUUCUGGGUCGCCGCGGAGUGCAACCCAAAAACGCUCAACCUGAAGCGUAUUCAUCCCAAGGUAUGACUGUAUUAUUAUUAUUAUUAUUAUUAUUAUUAUUAUUAUUAGAAUUUAUAUACCUCUCUAUACCUGGAGGUCUCAGGGCAGUUCACAAAACACUGUGUCUAGCUGUGUUCAGGUUACAAACCUGUUUUCCUGGAGGGUAAAAGCUGGGCUUGGCUUUUCUUCCUGAAUCUGCAUGAUAUAUGCUGCUUUAGAAACAUGUGACAGGAACUUUUGAGAUGUCACUCUGCUAGCUGCAGUGCCCUGAGGGAAGGCAGGAGUGAAGAAGAGCAGGGCAGGGAGCUAAUAGCUGCCAGCUCCUGAAGCUUGGGAGAGAAUAUAUUUUGUUUAUUCUAAUGUAUUUUAAAUUGUAAACUGCCUUGGGUUGACUUGGCAGAAGGGUGGCAUAUAAAUGCAAUAUAUAAAUAAACUUAAAUCCAUUAAAUUUCGGGUUGUGGGUUGGCCUUUGUGUUAGUGAAUUGCUCUCACUAGAUUUUGGUUCAGGCUGUGUAUGAUGACUGCAAAUCUUUGAUGGAAAAUAACUCAGCAGAGCAGAUUUGGACAACAUAUGGCCUGUUGGUUACAUGCAGCUCCUGAGGCACACUUGUACAGCCUGUGUGAUCUGGAUAAUUUUUUUUAUUAAAAAAAGAAAAGAAAAACCCUUCUGCAACUAAAACAGGCAGAUUUAUCUGCAUGUGAUUUAUCAAGUCAUGAUGUAUUUCUAUUGUGCAUGAGAAACAUUGGUCAGGUUCUGAUGUAGAGAUCUCUGUUGUAUCUUUUUGUACCCUUAUUCAACAGACUGUGAUGUGAAGCAGCAUAUAAAUUGUUGAAAUAAAUACAUAACUCAGACCAAGAAACCAUGCGGUUUGUUUGUUUUACAGACUGAGAACAUUGUGAAUGCUUCUUGAGUCUAGACAGGAAAUCUGUGGUUAAUGCUCUGGCGGCAAACUGGUCAAAGUUUAUCAGCAUGACCCAGGAAUAUACCUGCUUUCAGGGACAAAAGAAUGUAUUGUGUGAAACAUCUCUACUAACUUGUUCCAAACCAAAUGUGUUUCCCCAACAAACAGGGCAAUCAUUAAUAAGUCCCAUUGAGUUUAAUAGGUCUUACAGAUAUAGGGAUCUGGGGUUGCAACCUUGAUGAUCUGUAAAUGUGAAGGAGUGUCUCCACCCCCAUCGUUCUACCCGGACACUGAGGUCCAGCGCCGAGGGCCUUCUGGCAGUUCCCUAACUGUGAGAAGCCAAGUUACAGGGAACCAGGCAGAGGGCCUUCUCGGUAGUGGCACCUGCCCUGUGGAACGCCCUCCCAGCAGAUGUCAAAGAGAACAAGAACUACCAGACUUUUAGAAGACAUCUGAAGGCAGCCCUGUUUAGGGAAACUUUUAAUGUUUGAUGCAUUACUGUAUUUUAAUAUUUUUUUGGAAGCCACCCAGAGUAGCUGGGGAAGCCCAGCCAGAUGGGCAGGGUAUAAAUAAAUUAUUAUUUUAUUAUUAUUAUAAUGAUGAUGAUGAUGAUGAUGCAGCUAAAAAGGUCACUGAAUAUCUUUUGGUGAUUGUGGGUUUUGUGUUUUUCCCCCCAGGAAAAAAUCUUUCCUGUUUUCAGCUCUUUAUGCUGCCUUUAUAUUUGGUGGUCGACAUCUAAUGAACAAACGAGCAAAAUUUGAACUGAGGAAACCACUAGUGCUCUGGUCUCUGUGCCUGGCAGUCUUCAGGUAAGUAGAGGAAUAUGACAAGAAUGCCCCUUAAUCAAUAUCCUGUAAUGCAGCCUACCCCAAACUGAUAUCCUUCAUAUGUUUUAGCCAACCACUCCCCUCAGUCCUGGACACCAUGGCCAAUGGCCAGUGAUGGUGAGAGAUGCAGUUUAACUACAUCAUUAUUAUUUAUUAAAUUUAUAUGCCCUCCUAUACCCACAGGUUCAAGGCGGUUCACGGGAUAAAGGGCACCAGGUUGGGGCCAGGGCAGUCUUUGGUCAUAUGGCACCUUGAGCAAGGAUAAAAUCCCCCCCAUUUCCCCAUUUUUUCAUGCCUUCCUGUGACUUGGACCCAGGUCACAGACCCACUUGACACGAGUUCAGUCGUGAUUUACCCGCCACUUGACCUCUGCUUAGUUAGUCCUUAGUAGCAAGGCAACACAAACCAGCUACUAUAGAAGCUGUCAGUUCUUAGAAAAGCUAAUUCUGUAACCCAGCAGCCUCUGCGGUUGGGGAAUUUUGACAUCAAAAGUACAGACAGGAGGGAGGAGGUCCAGGCAGUGAGCUCACUCCCUCUCGCCUUCCAUUCUGCGCCCCCUCAGUUCAGCGGCCUGUGUGAAGGAACUACCUUAACAGCCCUAAAUCUGGCCUUGGUGGGGGAAGGCUGCUUUAAUUACUGCCGGUUUCUUAACCGCUUUCUCCAGCACACUACAAGCAUUGCGACAGGAAGGAAGACAACAACCACAAGGCUAGGCAAAGUGUAUGAGCGAGAAAAUUGCAUUGUGCUACUGCCAGCUGCCCUAACAUUGCAAACUUCGGCAUUCAGUUGGUACCUGCACCAGGAACAGGCGUUGAAAAGGCUGGAUGGAAAUAAAUGAAAGGCAUGCAAACAUGUUUCCCACAUGGUGAAAGCACCCCCAUGUGGCAAGAGUCUAGAUUUCACAUCCUGAAAAAGUGUGCUUUCUGCAUGGAACCUAAUGGCUGUUGCAAUAAAGUAUGAUUUAAAAGAACAGUGUAACUUUCAAUCAGGCCUGACAUCAGCAUGCAGCCAUUUUUGUUACCACCGCUGAUGCCUGAUCUAGUCCCCCAUCUUUAAUAUAAGCUAAAGCAUUCCUCUAUAGCCAGGCUGUUGGCCUUUAAAUAUCUGUGGCCUUUUAGAAGUGGGUGGGAUGUUUUUCUCUUUCCUCUUGGUUUUAACAACAUAUCUAUGUGGGAUUUGUUUGGUUGUAAGUUGCUUUGGUUGCCUUGUGCAAGAUAAAGCAACUAACAAAUAAUAAUAAUAAUAAUAAUAAUAAUAAUAAUAAUAGAUAAUAAUAAUAAUAAUAAUAAUAAUGGAACUGCCAUUUUAAUUUCCCACAGUACCCUGGUGUGCCAGUUAGCUGUAGGCUAAGUUCAGGGUGAUGGCACUGGUAUACAAAACCCUACACAUCUUGGGACCAGGAUACCAAAAAAAUUAUAUAUAACAUAUAUACCCAAUGGAUUGCUAUGCUGUGCAGUGCAGCACCUCCUGCAGAUACUGUUCCAUGUGUUUGGUAUAAGAAUCAGAGAUUUAAUGAGGUGGCACUUUGAAAUUCCCUCCCUUUAUUAUUUAUUUAUUUAGCCACAAUUUGAAAUACAAAAUUGAAAAAAAAACCCAGUUUAAAACAGCUUAGAUCCUCCUAUUGAAGACCUUUUCUUUUCACCGAUUUAUUAUAAUUGUAUUAGAACUCAGCUUUUCCUUCCAGCCAUCUGAAACUUUCCAUGCCAUUUAUAAUCUACUUAAACUAUUUUAUAGUUUAGCCUCAUUUGAGUUCAUUUAUUUGCCUUACGGCUUUCUUACUUUUUUCAUUGUUUGCUCAGGAUAAUUUUCAACAGGCACAUAGAUACAUACUUUUCAGGGCUAAGUAUUCUAGUUGCUAUAACAACUGGAUACCUUUGAUCUUGUAAGAACCUUAAAGAGUAUCCUCUAGAAACAGGUAUUCUGCCUUUUCGGAUUACUGUUCAAAUCUCCAGAUUACUGCAGUAUUUUCAGAUUCUGUUUGGAGCCUAGCCCUCUCCCGCUGACCCCAGUAACUUCACAGGGCUACAUCCCUGAAGUAUUCAUUAAGGAUUAUUUCAGUGUUAUACCAUGCUUAUGAAUCCCUCCUGUGCCAUCCUAAAGAUUAUUAAGUGGCUUCCUUAAUUCCAAUGAGAUCUCUUGCCAAACAGAGUUUUAGCUAAAAAGUGAGUAUUGCCUUUGCAUAUAAAAUCCAGAAGCUGUCCAGUCUUGUUAACUGUGAAUGUGGCGGAACUAAGAUAUUUCCUUAAUAAAAAAUUUUAUUGGUUAUGCCCCAGUCUCCGCAAGCCCUUCAGCAGACUUUGGCAUAAUUAUGGAAGCUUUGAUAUAUUUAUUUGUAAAUGCUGAAUUUACCCACAAAUGUAUUUGAGCGGAUGAGUAAUUUCAAAAUAAAGGAAUCUUGCAAAAGCAAAGACGCUCUGUCUUCUGUAGCAAUGAAAUUCAGUAUUGAUUAAUUCUAGGGGGUUACUUAGAAACUAGAUGUGAAAUGCUAUGGAGAGGAUAUGGUGCUGCAUAUUUAUUUCAAGAGUUCUGUUGCUCUAAGGCAGGGAUAGGAAGCCUAUGGACAUCCAGAUGUUGUUAGACUCCAACUUCCAUCAUCUUGAACCACUGGCCAUUGUUGACUGGCACUGAUGGGAGUUAAGAGUCCAGCAACAACUGGAAGGCCCCUGCGCUAAACUCUAUUGACUCGCCAAUCAUCCUCCCAACUAGAAGCAGUAUCUCUCACACAGGAGACAUGGAGGAAGUGUACAUUGUCUGUAAAGGGGUAGCCUUGAACUCCCACAUAGAUUCAUAGAAGGGUGUCACAAGGGUCAUCUAGUCCAACCGCCUGCAAUGCAGGAAUAUUUCACCCAGGACCCUGAGAUUAAGAGUCCCAUGCUCUACCAGCUGAGCUAUCUACAUGAUAAGCUCUAUGUUGGAGAAUAACCACUGUCCAUGCUGGCUGGGACUGAUGGAAGUUGGAGUCCAACAAAAUCAAAGGAAUGUGUUUCCAAUAAAUGUGUUGAAUAGCAGCAUCCUUAACUAAAUUCUUCUGUGGGAACUUUUUAUUCGAGUAUUCAGAAAGGGUGCAGUCUUCCCAUGAGCAUCUGGUUGGCUGCUAUAAGAACAAGUUACUGGACCUUUGACCGGAUCCAGCAGGACUCGUCUCAUGUUCUUAAAUGGAGGUCAGGAUAGGCACAAUGAAGGUACUUCCUGCUUCUUGCACUCAGUAACUAUAUCUGGGCUCUCUAAGGAUUUUAUCUUCUACUAUCUGAUGAUAACCGACUGCUCUUUGUUUUCCCUUUAUGGUCAUGAAGUAUAUUUGGUGCUGUUCGAACGGGUGCUUAUAUGGUGUACAUUUUGAUGACCAAAGGACUGAAGCAGUCAGUUUGUGACCAGAGUUUUUACAAUGGACCUGUCAGCAAAUUCUGGGCUUAUGCAUUUGUGCUAAGCAAAGCACCAGAACUAGGUGAGUGCCUUCUCUCCUUUUUCACUUCAUGGGGUACAUUUGGAGCAAAAGGACAAAGGUGUGACAGGAUUGUUCCUUAGCAGUUCUCUUGUUUUAUGCUAUAUAUUUGUAAAUCACCUUGAUGUGCUUGAAAAAGGUGCUUGUUUGAUUGCUUAUUAAUAGUGCUAAAAAAAUGCCUUUAAAAUUUUGCAUUCAGUCAAUAUAUUAAUCACUGUACAACCACUUGUAUUUGUGGUCUCAAAUGAGUUUUCCUCAGUGGAGCAAAAUUGUAAUAUAGUUAAGUCAUUGUGGGUCACAUUUGUGAAAAAAAUAACAAAUACAGAUAAGAAUAAUACAGAUAAGACUCUCAAAAUUCCAGAUGGAAUAGUUGUCCUUAACUCAUACUGUUUGGAUUAUUAAGGCUCAUGGGUUCUAUAUUUGCUGCUGUUCCUCAACUAUCUUCCAAGAGCAAGAAAGUAGCAUUUUAGCAACCACACAAAGUGACCAUUCACCAACCCAGUGAAUGGCCAAUGCAGCCAAAAAACCUUAACCCAUUGGUGGCGCAGAGUCUCCCUAACACAGAUACGGUCAUAUAUUGUUCAUUCUGAAGUACUUCUACUCCUAUCAAAAUAUUGUAUAUAACCAACACAGUCUUCUCAAGGGUCAAACUUCUUAAGGGCCAACAGAACAGGAAAAAACAAUAAUACGGAAAUCAGUCAUAUAUUUAACUGCCUGCUCAUAUGCAUGCCAACAGGACGGUCUAACAAAUUCCUCACCUAGAAAUAAUGUCCAGACCUAGUCUCCCUUCAUCACUUAGUUUAUGAAGAUGUGUCUAAGCAGUUUCCUCACCAGUAGUUUUCAAAAGCUUGUAAGUAGCAAAGCCAUUUGCACAUCUAUGUUUGCUUAUCCUGAAGUUUCUUAGGCAGAUUCUAAUUGGAAAUACGAAGCCGUGAUUUGGCAGACGUUCCACAGCUUGUUUCUCAGGAAACCUCACAAGGCUUCCGACCCAACAAAACAAUGAUGACUAUUAAGAAUAUGCUGUUUCAGUCCAUUGCUGAUUUUCAGCAUCAGCUAGAAGGAGAUACACAAUAUUAACUUUAUUGUGUAUCCUGCCUUACUCUCCUCUUGGGGACCAAGGGAACCUGUGUUUCCCAAGUAGUCUUUCAUCUAAGCACUGACCAGAGCCAGACCUGCUCCACAUCAUUUAGAAUGGUACCACUUUGUACCCUUCAGACUGCUGUUGAAAAUGUCCAGUGCUUUUUUCUAAAAAAAACCACACGUUUAGGGGUACUCUCAUUUUCCUACUCAUACUGUAAUACUCCCCCCCCCAAAGAGGCCAAACUUAGAUUCACAAAAUGUUUAGGGGUAUGCAUACCCCUGCGUCCCCCCAGAAAAAAAGCACUGGGAAUGUGUGAAAACCUAUUGUGAGUCCUGCAGUUGCUUAUGGAAAUGGGGCAGUGUUAGAAACUCGUGUAUAUAUAAGCUAGGCACUAAAUAUUUCCUUAAACCAGCAUUAUAGUUGCCAAAAUGGAAUGUCUAGUUGCCAUUUGGGGGCCAGACCGCUCGAAAGUUGUAUUUUUUCAAUACGACUUUUUGGUUCCUGAGAUUCAUUCUGAUUGUGCAGAUAAAAUAUAACGGAUAUAAUUCCACAGGCUGUGCUAUUAGUGUGUGAAAACAGUCAAGAUCUAAGGAUCCCCAGACAUGCACCUCCAGAUAGUGGAGAUGUCUUCAGAUGGUGGAGAUGUCAGGUGCCAUCCUGGUGCCCAGGCAUCUUCACUUGGUCACAAAAUGACCUGGCGAAAUAUGAACACUGAUUUACUAAUCAGCUUUACUGCUGAUUUAGGUUACCAUCCUAAGCACCACCAGUUCACCCCCUUCCUCUUUGCAAUAAACAUGUAUGGAGUUGGGUUACAGGUAAUGAAGACACUGGUUCAUAUCCCUUACUAGUAUUCUUUCGUUUGAGUUUUGAAGCAGGGGCGGCUGCAGGGCAGGGCAGCGAUGUUACUGGCCUCCUGGAACCAGUGUCUCUGCAGCUUACCAGAGGGGUGAGGCAGUAAGAACGUUGGCACAUUGCACACACAUUGGUGGGGGUGCCAGUUUGGCUCUGCUGGGGCAUUAGUACCACACCAACCUCCUCACAAUAUACAAAAUGAUCUUAGAAAGAAUCAUGGAAUAACUAAGUUUGAUAGGGCAUUGUUUACUUGCAAUCUUUUCCUCUCUAAACAUAUCUAAAGAGGUAAAAUCUCUAUAGGUAAAAUUCAGGGAUUUGAUUCCAGUUGCACAAUAUUUUUCAUUUGCACAGUACUUUUCUUCUCCCUAAAUGUAAAGUUAAUUUGUGUUGGAACCUAUUGACAUGACUAAAUGUAAUGACUUCAGAGACCAUAGUAUAAUUAGGGCUUGGAUUGAUAUGCAUUUUCUUCAUCUAUAUUUAACUUCCAUUUUCCUCAGGCUAAUACAAGAUAAAUAGCCAUUAUCCAUGCUUAGAAAGAUAAUAGGUUAUUUCAAAAAUGUAUUUUAGUUUUUUUCUCAAUAAUAUCUUCUGUGAAAUGUCUACCUUUGCUUAAAUUUCGUGCAAACCCAGUCAUAAGCUGACUUUCGAUUCUAUCACUGCAAUCCUAUACAUGUCAAUCUCAUUGGGACUUUUCAGUAAGGAAUGGUAUUUACUCUAAGCAGUUAAUUUGAAUAACUAUUGUCUUUCAGUUAUUGAUAAUGGUUAUUUGUAAUAGCCUGAGGAAAAUGGCAUCAUCCAAGCCUCUGUUCUUUUUGUCGUUUUCGCAUGAAUAUAAACACAGCCUAACAUACUAACUUUUGUUAUUUGUGAGACUGUGCAAAUGAAAAUACAGUACUGAAUGUCCCUGCCCUAUAGCCUACUUUUUUGCAUUUAGAGAGGAAGAUUGGGCAAGUAAACAAUGCCCUAUCAGCCCAUUCCAUGAUUCUUUCUAAGAUCAUUUUAAAGGUGGUGAGGUUGGUGGCCACUGCCCAGCAGAGCUACCACUGUGUAUAGCCACCACUACUGCCCACCGGCAAGCUGCAGGGCAGGGCAGCGAUGUUACUGGCCUCCUGGAACCAGUGUCUCUGCAGCUUACCAGAGGGGUGAGGCAGUAAGAACGUUGGCACAUUGCACACACAUUGGUGGGGGUGCCAGUUUGGCUCUGCUGGGGCAUUAGUACCACACCAACCUCCCUCACAAUAUACAAAAUGAUCUUAGAAAGAAUCAUGGAAUAACUAAGUUUGAUAGGGCAUUGUUUACUUGCAAUCUUUUCCUCUCUAAACAUAUCUAAAGAGGUAAAAUCUCUAUAGGUAAAAUUCAGGGAUUUGAUUCCAGUUGCACAAUAUUUUUCAUUUGCACAGUACUUUUCUUCUCCCUAAAUGUAAAGUUAAUUUGUGUUGGAACCUAUUGACAUGACUAAAUGUAAUGACUUCAGAGACCAUAGUAUAAUUAGGGCUUGGAUUGAUAUGCAUUUUCUUCAUCUAUAUUUAACUUCCAUUUUCCUCAGGCUAAUACAAGAUAAAUAGCCAUUAUCCAUGCUUAGAAAGAUAAUAGGUUAUUUCAAAAAUGUAUUUUAGUUUUUUUCUCAAUAAUAUCUUCUGUGAAAUGUCUACCUUUGCUUAAAUUUCGUGCAAACCCAGUCAUAAGCUGACUUUCGAUUCUAUCACUGCAAUCCUAUACAUGUCAACUGAAAAGUCCCAUUUGAGUUCAAUGGGACUGACUCCCAGGUUAGUGGGAGUAGAAUUGCAGCAUCAAUCUCAUUGAAAAAAUGAUCUUUGCAACUAAAUUGGACAAAAAAUUCCUAAAUGACCUUACAUAGGUUUUGACAGUAUAAUCAACUGCAAAUGUUCCUGGAUGACACGGAUGAUCUACAAUAGAACCACUUCAGUCUGGGUUUAGGCCAGGUUAUGGGACUGAAUUGACUUUGCUCACCCCACUGGAUGACCUGAAUCAGGAGAGGUAGUGGGAGAUUGCAACCCUGCCAUGCUUACUUAAUCUCUCAGCAUCUUUUGUACCAUUCACCAUGGUGUCAUCCUGGAUCAAUUGAAUAGGAGAGGUAUCAGAGAUAUUGUAUUACGUUAGUUCCAUUCCUACCCAAGAAAAUAACAUUGGGCAAGUACUCUUGUGCUAUGGGGUUCUGCAGGGCACCCUUUGGUCUCAAAUGUUGCUUAACAUCUGAAGCUACUAGGAGUGGCCAUUAGAAUUUUUGGAGCAUGGUGCCAUUAGCAUGCUGGCGACACACAGCUCAAUUUCUCUAUAACAGGGAUGUCCAACAGGUCGAUCGCGAUCUACCGGUCCAUCACAGGGCGUCCCUGGUCUAUCCUGGUUGAUCGUCAAGAAAGCUCAACAACUUUGGUCAAUACAAUGGGUAGAUCACUGCCAGGUUUUUUUAGUGGGAGUAGAUCACAGUCUCUUGGAAGUUGGACAUCCCUGCUCUAUAACAUCUGAAUCAGAAGAGGCUGUGCAAAUUCUGGACCAGGGCCUUAAUGGACUGGGUAAGGGCCAAUAAACUGAGUUUGAACCCUGGGAAGAUUGAAGUUUUGUGGUUUCCAUGUCUGGAAGAUAAGUAAGUUGCCUGUUUUGGAUGGGCAGGUAAAUGUCUAAAUGGGCAGGUACAUAGUUUGGGGGUAGUCCUGGUUGCAUCUUUGUUAUUAGAGGGCCAGAUGACCUCCAUGGCUAGGAGUGCCACCUAAUUCACAAGUACGCUUCAGGGUUCUAACAUUUUUCUUAUGUUUUUUCCUCCCCCCAGGAGAUACAAUAUUUAUUGUUCUUAGGAAACAGAAGCUUAUCUUCCUCCAUUGGUACCACCAUAUUACUGUACUGCUUUACUCUUGGUACUCGUACAAGGACAUGGUAGCUGGUGGUGGCUGGUUUAUGACCAUGAACUAUGGAGUGCAUGCACUCAUGUACACUUACUACGCCUUGCGGGCUGCUGGCUUCAGAGUGUCCCGGAAGUUUGCCAUGUUUAUCACACUAUCGCAGAUCACACAGAUGUUCGUGGGCUGCAUCAUCAACUACCUGGUCUUCGCCUGGAUGCAACAAGGCCAGUGUCACUCACACAUUUCCAACGUCAUCUGGUGUUCUCUUAUGUACCUCAGCUACUUUGUGCUCUUCUGCCAUUUCUUCUUUGACGCAUAUGUUAGCAGCACCAGAAAAACAAGGAAGGCCGAGUAAAGCUAGAAAGGAGAGAGAGAAGGAAGCAGCUGCUCAGGUCAUCCACAAAAUGGCAAACACAAAGAGGGAGAGAGAGAAAGAGAGGAGGGGGGGACAGAAAUGGCACAAGAAGGAAACAUUUAUAUAUGGUGCAACUAAAACUCAGCAGCUAAGGGACAGCUAAGUUUGUUCAAAACCAGUAAGUUUAUGAUCCUGUCAUGGUGAGGACUCACUGAAUGAUCUUGCAUCUCAAAAGGCUGCUGUAAGACAUCUUCCUUCUUAGACAUCUUACUGCUCUUAAAAAAAACCAACCACACUUUUUUUUAAGAAGGGGGGGAAAGCAAAAGAUGAUAAUGAUUUUGCAAAAUAAAAUGUUAAAAGAAAUGGUUUCCCUGAGCAUAGAUGACUUUUAUUUUUAAAAAGCAAACUAAUUAUUUAUAUAUACUUUCUAACGUGUUGUUUUUAAAAUACAAAACUUGAACAAGAUUUGAGCAGAGGAAACACACAAUCUGUGUCAUAUGAACAUAGGACUUUGACCUGUCAGAGCUGCAUCUAGCCCCAUAGAGUCACCUCUGACUGGCAGCUGCUUUGCAAGGUCUCAGGCAGAUGUUCUGCAACCUGACAGCCAUUAAAAAAUAAAAAUAAAAACUCAAAGAGUCCCAGGAUCAAACCUGCCAUUUUCUGCAUGCACAGUACCUUCUCUCCCACUGAGCUCUGACCCCCAACAAUACCAGAUUUUUGCAAAGUUAAAAGUUAUCUCCUUGAAAGAGUUGAACCUUAAAAGCUUCAAUGUGAAAAUGAAAGGUUAAUCUUGAGUGCCUGCUAUAGACAGCCAUUUAAGCUCAAUUGAAGUAAUAAAUGGAGAGGAAUUGGUUGGGUUUCUGUUUUGUUUUUAGUACUGUGUAUUAUGCUGUGAGAAGACCUGGUAUGAGAUAUUGAUUUGAGAUGCAGUAUCAGAGAGAAUGUGUUCCAGUGCAUCGUCUGGUCAAAAGCAAUGUGUAUAGAAGAGCAGUUUAAUAUACAGUCAGUUAUAAUUAAAUAUGCUUGGGGCUAGUAAUAAAGGAGAGCAGGGAAAAGGAAUCAAGGAGCUAAGAAAAGGCAGAGUAGGCCAGUCCUCAACGUGCCCUACAAAAUACUGGUGAGAAGCGUUUGAGAGUCAUAGUACAGUAUAUCAUUUAUUUUUCUGAAGUCUAAUUCUCGCACAGGAUGGCUCUGAGUGUGAUUGCUGUGGGUGCAUUUUGUUGGGAAUAUAUCACCAACAUCACUUGCCCAAAGUCAAUUCCAGGGACUCAUCAAGCACAGGUUAAAGAGUAAGAACCAUAACAAGGGAAAGAAGGAGUCUUGAGGUUGCCCAACCACAGCCCCACAGCCAGCCCUCGGGCAACGGACUGCCAUUCUCACUAGAGUGAGAAGUAUUAUAUUUCUCUUUAAAUUUCAGCUAUUCUUUCCAAAUUGGCAUCUAUCGUUAUAAAAAGAACAUGCAAAUUUUAUGCUAACUGUGCCCUCUUGUUUGUUUUUUGGCGGGGGGCAGGGGGGACGGUGAUUUCUUCUUUUUUGGUGCUGUGCAAACGGCCACCCUACAGACAGAUCCAUUUCAUGCAGUCUCUUUCGAGAAGCUGAAUAGAUUCUGAUGUGACGCUUCCCUAUGCGCACAGGGCCCAUGAGGCGAGGUGAGGCAGUUGCCUCAAGGCAGCAGGCUCUGGCAAGCUGGGAGGGGCAGCUGAUCCUGCCUCCAUGAACCUAACAUUGCCUAUCCCUCUGCCAACCCAGGACCAUUAACAAAUUCCAAUUCCUGGGGGUACCAUUUUCUGAUUCAGCUCAGGCAGCAGAGUAUAUUGAGCUGGCCCUGUGUGCACACAUCCACCACAGGAAUUGUUCCAAAAGCCAUCUUGCAAAUGCAAAACAUUAUGGUGGACUGGUCUUUGGAACAGGAAAUGGUACUUUAAAAUAUCCUGAUCGUGGCAGCUUCCAUUUUGAUUCUAGCGCUGCCCAUGAUGGUUCCCACCACAUGAUCUGCAAAGUCAUUUUCAUGAAAGAAAAAUUGUGAUUUUUAAUACUAUUAUUAUUAUUGAGGAGACACAUGCAAAAUGUCCGGUUCUGCUCCUAGCACAUAAAUCCAAAAUCCCAAGAACCAUGAGCAAGCAAUGAGCCAUCAUGGGCAGACGAGAACAGCAGCUGCUAUAAACACAGAACAGCCCUGAAGUUACAGCAGUCAGUAAAUGCAAUUGGAGUGACAGGUGCAAAGACAAAUGGGAAAACUAAAUAUCUUUAGAGAGGGUGUUGUUAGUGUUGGAUGGAAACUUCAGGAAAAAACAACCCUGUGGUAUGGUACAUAUUUUAUAUUUUUAUGAACUUUGAAGAAUAGAUAUCUGCAACCUUAAUAGUGUUCUACAGGAUUAUAUGUGACUUUAGGUAACACUGUGCUUCUGCAUUUGCCUCACAAGCAAUGCAAAGAUGUUUAAAGUGCCCUCAUCUGGUCACCUGGAGAUACUACAGUAAAAGGCAUACGCUUGGCGUCAUCACACUGCGGGUUUUAAAUGGGAAGGGAUUGCAAGCCUAAAUGCAGUAAUUGUGCUGCAACAAAUUAACUCUAAUGUCCAGAGAGAACUAUUCUUAAUUUUUUUAAAAAAUGAAAUCUGUAGAAAAAUAUACUGUAGCAUCUUUGGUCGCUUAAAAAGACACCUGGUUCUUCAGUCAGCUGCAGAUAAAAGGACAACCUCAGAGAAAUAGCUGAAAAGAGCCAUAUUUUCUACAAGGAAAAGUAGAUUGUAUUAUCUGUAAGAUUUCAGUCCUUACAAAGCCAAAUAAAAUGUGUAAACGUUCCUAGUACUUCAAAGAAACAAGUGUGUAAACUUGAUGUUAUAACUGUGUUAACAUAGUAUUCUCAAUCGUAUCAGUUUGGUAGUUUUAACUAAACAAUUAGAAGAACUAGCGGAACCAAUUAAGAACUGCUGUUCUACAUAGAAAAAUCAUACAUGCCUAUAACUACAACCAUAACACAUAUGUGAGCUGUCCAAAAAUAAAAAAUAAAAACCUGGGUGGGGGCAAAAUCUCCACCCUCCCCAGCUAAUGCAAAAUAUUCUCAACUUCCCUGCUUUGAGACUGUACAAUACCAAGUAAUAUUUUCCCUUAUUUUUGCUUCAACUGUGCUGUCCACCAUUCAUGACAAAAAGCUGAUGUAAUAUUCUGUUAGACAUAACAAGGGCUUUUAGUGUUUCACCUUGUGUAGAAAAACUGCUGCAUUCUAUAUUAUAUGAACAGUGUUUUAAGAAAAGGAAAUUGGAAAGCUCUCUGGAGUUUAAUCAUAACUGUGAAAAAUGGUGGGGAAAAUUUCUGUCUGUGUCAUUUAAGUUAUUAAUGUUCUGACAUUGUUAUAUGGUACAAACCCCCCUCCCCAAGCAAAUUGUUAUGUUCAGUGAAACAUAUGACAUGAUCUUAAAUUAUAGACUCCUGUAUAAAUGGAAAUAUCAAUUAAAAUGUAUAAAAAAUUAAUAAUGUUAUUUUACAGUUUUGGGAGUAGAUUCUAUUCCACAAUGAGCCUUUUCUGCCUAAGUAUUUCUCCCCAGUUUCUAAUAUUUGAAGUAAACCAAAACCAGUUAUUAUAGAAUAACAAAAUUAUUGGGCAGCAGUAGUGAGUAACUUUCAAUGGUGCCAUUCAUUUUUGUGACUCUAGUUCCUCCUGUUGUGCUGACUGAUCUGGUGAAUCAACACUUCCACAGAUCUUAUCUUGAAAUAAAUGAAAAGGUAUUUCAUAAGGGAAGCCAAUACUGCAUUAUAGUUUCUUUUCUCUAUAAACCAAAGGAACAAACAACAGUAAUCACAGCAUACAUAAGAAGCUAAAAUCCUGGACAUGUUCACCUGGGAGUAAGUCCUAUUGAAAUGAAUGGGGCUUACUUCUGAGUGGGCAGAUAUAGGAUUGCUCUGCAAAUUUCAAAAUGUGUUUUUCUUCCACUUACACUCUUGCAUUAACGGCAAUGAUACUUUAGACUCUCAAAGUUUAGAGGUGAAGAAAGGUAUUCUUAAUAUCACUUGUGAAAAAUGCUUCAAUUCUUCUACCAUGAUUAAACAGUGAUUACUAUUCUUGUUGUUGCUAUUGCAUUUAGUUAUUCAGACUUUUUGUGUUCAAACACCCAAAUAAACAUCACAAGAAACAAGCAAGCUAUUGACAAAAAAAAGUAUAGGAUGUUUACAGAGGUAAUAAUUCUAAGAAAUGUGUUCUCACUUACUUGGAUGUAAGUGCCAUUGAAUUUAACGGUGCUUGCUUCUGAGUAGAUGUGUAUAUUGUACUGUUAUGUCCCAUUAGGACUGCACUGUUAUAUCCCAUUAUUUGAAAUGUGAAAAUGUAAACAUAAGCUAACUUUCCCAUUGAAACCAAUGGUUCUUAAAAAUGCUUAAUUUUAACUUGAUUGUGCCCAUUUUCUUAUGCUGAUAUGUGUAGUAUUUUGAGACAAAUGGACAUUUUACACCUCCUUUAGUUUUCUUCUCAAAAUCUAUAAAAACAAUUAUUAAUAGCUCCAUCCU